UAUGUAUUGUUGCUGACGAUAAAACGUUGCGGCAGGAAGUGGAUCCGAUCUAAAAAAGAUCGUUUUUGUUAUCGUAUGUGAAUAAUAAUAAAAGACCAGCUCGGCUUUCAAGGUAUUUUUGUUGCAAUAGAUGACUGAAAUUGGCUGGCUAGAUAUUACGUAAGUUCUAUUUGUCACAAACCAAGUGCGCGAAGUUUUAGGUCUUUUUGAAAAGAAAGGACCAUCCUGUACCUGGGAUUUCUCAGUAACCUUUGGUUAAUGAGAGAAUUCUUGAGGCUUGUAACAGUCGAUAUAGAUUUUUGUUGAGUUGAAAUACUGAAUCUCCGCAACACAAUCAAAGCACGGAGGUCAGAAGGCCUGGAUACAGAGAUUUAAAGCCCCGGAGUUGUCUGCAGAUUUUUUGUCAAGCAGGGGAUUUUCUAUGGUUCUAUGAUUCACCCCUUGCAGUGUUAUCAUUUAGUUCCUGAAAACAAACCGUUGAAAAAGUUGGUGUUGUUGUCUGAUAUCAAAAUCUAGAAGGCAAGGCUUAUUCACGGUGAAAAGGCAGAGGGAAUUUAUUACAAGGUUUGUUAAGAUCCAAAUGUGACUUGAUUCCCGAUCGUUUAUCAGAAUUUCCAAUGAGACACAGUAUUGAGGUUUUCAGACAUGACCACGUUGAAAGAUUUUUUCACAUGGUCAUUCGUUCUGAUUUUAUAUGUCACUUUGGUCGCUAGCACCCGAGGGAAAAGCCCUUGCACAUUGUCUUAUUUUGACUUAUGGAAGAAAGCCGAUUCUAUAUUUUCAUGCGAGAUCCUUAAUGUUGGCCGAGCGGAUGAGAACUUUCAUGUUAGGAUUGAAAAAAUCAUCAAAACCAAUCGACGCAUAAAAUUGGAAAAUGAAACGGCCGGAUCGACUGUUGGAUUCGCUCAAGAUUUGCAAGAUUUAUAUUGUGAUAAAAGGUUUCAGGUGGGACAAAUGCGAAUUAUUUUCGUGGAAUAUGGUGAUUCGUCGAGUGUUCGUGUACUCAGAGCACCGGAGCUAAGAUCUUGGUUAUUAUCGAUCCUUCAAAGCAUUCAUUUAGCAGAUGUUUCCGCUGUGAGAUCACGACGCAGAAGGGACCUUUGUGGUUUUGUACGAUGCACCCAUGGCGGGUAUUGUGACAUACGACCGAUAUCAAAGCAGCCGUACUGCUCCUGUGAAAAUAUUUUCUGUACAAAAGAGUACGACCCGGUGUGCGGCACUGAUGAAUUCACGUAUCCUAAUGAAUGUACCAUGUACCACAAUUCAUGUAUCAAAAGAAAAACCAUUACGCUUGCAUACAAGGGUGUCUGUGGACUGCAUACGUGUGCCGAUAUCAAGCGAACUGGCCAUGGGAAGUUUGACGGCGAGUAUCUUAUUUACCCAAAGAAAGCCUGCACGUCCCCUGUUAAGAUCUACUGCCAUGGUAUGAAUGAUGCUACUCCUCACGACUACCUCACCCUACCUGCUGGGCCUAUCCGCAACUAUGCUGUUGUCUACGACAAACGGUUGCGCCCCGAAGACAGGUUUAAAUGCUCUAGUGAACCUGGCCCAUUCAAGUAUAGCAGAGCCGGUGUGACCCGCUUCAAUAAGCUGCGGGUCGACAUGAGGACACUUACAAUUAUUGAUACAGAUUUCACCUAUGCUGAAACGGAGAAGGGUGGUACGGCCGUGCCCUAUGGUUCUGCUGGUGAUUGCUUCUCUGCAAAUACGAGCGACUGCAGACGUGGAAAAUUCAUGAUCGAUCUUUCUGGGACUGGACUACGUGUGGCAGACGGGGUUUCUUGGGGGGUUGCAUCUAACACUCCCGGAUUCAAAAUGCAAGAUUUCUCAAAUCAUCAAGGAAUCUUGAUACAGUCUAAAUGUGGUGGAUGGUGUGGACAUUGUCAUCCUUCAACCGCCUUGAAACUAGAUCUCGUAACUUGCAAAGUCAGACCAACCCUGUGUUCUGCUGUCCAAUGUCCGUAUUACGCAAACUGCAAAAAUCUCGAAGAAGGAUUUCAAUGUGAAUGCCCUACAGAAUGUCCAAAAACCCGGCUUAAAGUUUGCGGUACUGAUGGAAGAACGUAUAUUAACGAGUGUGAAUUGCAGAAAGAGUCCUGUAUUACAAAGCGGUGGAUAUAUGUCAAAUCACUUGGUGCAUGCGACACAAGUAUGUGCUCCACGAAAGAAUGCAAAUUCUAUGGAAUCUGCGUUGAAGAACGCCCAGGCCAAGCAAAAUGCGUUUGUCAUCAUCAAUGUGAAAAGACUUUUGUGCCAGUCUGUGGCUCAGAUCAGGUCACCUAUCCAAAUGAAUGCACAAUGAAGGAAAUAUCAUGUAAACAAAGGCAACUCAUUUCUGUGCGAAGCAAAGGAUUUUGCGUUUACUCAGCAAACUAUGGUUUGAGAAUGGACCUUGCAUUUGCUGUCGGUGCAUAUGGACCAGAUGCCGAUGCUAUACUAACGAAGCAGAAAGAAUUCAUAAGAACAUUUGUACAAUCGUUUCGAUAUCUUAUAGCCAAUGGUCGUAUGAGAAUUGCUAUCAUUAGCUAUGAUAAUGAUGCUAAAGUCGUGAAAAAUUUCGAUCAAAUAUACUCUGCAGACCGAAUAGAGAGAUUACUUGGCAAUAUAAAGCUAACCAGGGAAGGUGCAAGGGUAGAUUCCGCGUUUUAUAUAGCUGCUAGGGACGUUUUCAGCCAGUCUGAUAGUGUACAGCGGAAGAUGAUGUUACUGUUCACUGAUGCAACCUCCUUUCACGAUCAACGAGGACUACGAACCUCAAUGGAAUCACUGAGUUUGCAAGGGGUGAAUGUUGUUGCAUUUGGCACGGGAAACAAGGUCAGGCUCGCUAGCCUUGUGAAAAUGGCGUCGUCAGCUGCUGAUGUAAUUGUGGCAGAGACCUCCAAAACGAUGAUGUAUUACUUCUAUGCAUUCUACAGAAGGCUUCUACAAACAUCCUGUAAAAAGGUGACAUGCCAUUAUGGGUCAACCUGUGUUCCAAACAUUGAUGGCACAGCCAAAUGCGAAUGCCUGGAUCAAUGUGGAUCAGAGCUUGAUGCUCUCUGUGGCAGUGAUGGAAGAACCUAUGCAAAUUUGUGCUUAAUGAAAUUUGAAAGUUGUACAACGAAACGUGAAAUUACGGUCUUGAGGAAAGGAUUUUGUGCUGUUGUAAAGGAAGCUGAUAUUUUCUUCGCAAUUGAUAUUUCCCGGACUAAACAAUCCCUAAGACGGGUUAAAGACUUCAUUGUUGAGUCAUUACAACCUUUCGAAUUUUCAAAAGAGGGAGUUCGAGUUGCUUUGCUCACCUAUAGCAGCACUGCCAAAUUUGCCUUAUCAUUUCGUGAUGGUGUCUCCAAAAAGGCAGUUGAGGACGCUGUUAAAGACAUUACACCAAGAGAGGGUGGCAGACGCGUUGAUAUUGCCUUGUACCAGUCUGUUGUCGACUGGAGACGAGGGUUACCCAGGAAUGCUGUAGUUUUUGUAGAUGGUUCCGUGACCCGCAAUUUGGCCUACCUACGACAAAUGAUACGUUAUCUGAACCGACGAGGUUUAGUGAUAAAUUUCAUUGCUACCUCAACUGUGAACAGAGAUUUCAUAGAGGCAGUCACAACUGAAAAAUCGAAAGUUCACGUUUUGCGACCCGGAGAGAACUUGAAUCGAUAUCUUCAUCUUGUGAUUCCCCGGCAAUCUAAAUUAGGUCAAUACGACUUUGUAAUGGCUUUUGGUGGAGCCGUUAGCAGACAAGAAUUCAGCGCUCAGAAGAAAUUGAUCAAAGCUUUAAUCGGAAACUUUGAAAUUUCACCAAGAGGAACACGUGUCGGCCUAAUUCAUUAUGGAAACGAUGCAACUCUCAUUCAAUCACUGAAGGAUUCGUACUAUGCAUAUACGACGCUUCCUUUAAUAGACCGCCUUCAGCAUGGUUUUCCAGGUUCAAAUUUGGUAAAGGUAUUUACAAUCGCUAACCAGAUGUACAGCAGUGAAAAGGGUGCUCGGUCAGAAUCAGAAAAACUGUUCUUGGUAUUUGCUGAUAACUUCAGAGAAGCAGAUGUAGCCGUCUUACAGAAAUUGGCGUAUUCGCUACUUGCAAAAAAUGUCAGGGUUAUAAUGGUUGGUUUUGCGGGAUAUAUUGAAGUUGCAGCAGUCAGAAAGUUGCUGGGCAGCGGGCGAAAUCCAGUUCUGGUGAAUAGCAAUGAUCAGCUAAAUGAUGCCUACAUUAUAAAUAAGAUAAUGGAGCAAAUAAAACCAGAUCCUUGCGAAAAAGUAAGUUGCAAGUUCUAUGGAACAUGUCAUUUGGCUGAUGGUUCUCCUAUAUGCAGCUGUUUAGAUCUUUGCGAUGAGGAUGAUUCAAGUAUGGUUUGCGGAAAUGACGGACGAACCUACGUCAACCGCUGUUUUUUGCAGCUUCGAGCUUGUAGUUCAAAACGUGAUAUAAAGGUCAUCAAAAAAGGCUCUUGUGGUAUUGAAGGCGCAAAUGACGUCAUCGCAGUUAUAGAUGUAUCUAAAAAGGUGAAUCCAAAGCUGUUGGAAAAAGUCAAAAACGUCUUCAAACUUUUGGCUGAUCAAUAUGAAAUAGGCCCAACAAAGACAAGGUUUGGUGUAGUUUCUUACAGUAGCUCUCCAACGACAACCCUCGAUUUAAAUGAAGGAACACAGAGAUCAACUAUUGGCAACAUCAUAACUGCAUUGAAGCUCCAAUCCGAAAGUCCACGGCUCAGUGUAGCUCUUCAAAGUGUUAUCAGAAUUUUGCUUAGCCGCAGUUAUACGGAACCCUCGAGGCGAAACGUCCCUGUAAAAGUCAUUAUAUUUUCAUCAGAUUUAACUGAAGAUGCCAUAGAGCGUGCUGCAAAAUCGUUAGAGGAUAUAGCGAAACAAAAUGUCGAUUUAUUCUUUUUGGCAAUAAGCAACAACUACGAAGCCAGAGACGAUGCUAUUUCAGCACUUCCUAACGCUGUCAAUGUGAUUUCAAGUUCAGAGGAUGAAUUGUUCGGCGAACCUUUUACUACCCUGGUGAACAGAGUAUCAGAGAAAUCAGCUGCUGCAGAGAAACUGGACCUUGGUUUUAUUAUCGGUGGAUCCCACGGUCAACGUGGUGGAGAUUUCUAUUUGCAAAAAGAGAUUGCAAAAGAGAUCGUUAAAUCGUUUUCAAUAUCAAAAGACGCGGUACGAGUAGCUGUUGUUCUUUAUGGGGUCACCACAGCCUUUCCUGUUCGUCUUGGAUCUUAUAAUACACUAACCAGCGUGCAGAGAGCAAUUGACAAUGUGCGACUUGGUUCUCCUGGCAAUAAUUUAAAGCAAGCGUUGCAAGUUGCCCAGUCGUAUAUGUUUUCUUCACGAUACGGUGGUAGACCAGGUGUCCCAAAAAUUCUGAUUGUCUUUUACAACAAGCCAAUCGAGCCAGGUGCUUUCGUUGUGGCUAAGCAGCUACUUGACCAAGGCUACAAAGUGGCAAGUAUCGGUAUUGGCCAGGAAUCGAGAAUUGAAGAUGGAAGUAAACUAACAGGAACCGGGACAUUAGCUGCCUCUGUCAAGGCCGUAACUGAUGCAAAGCAAGUGGCUCAGGUCAUUGCAGUUCUGAUUCGACCCGAACCUUGCUCAGAGCUCAAGUGUGAGCAUUAUGGAAAAUGCUUCACUAAACCUGGAUAUACAGCUAAUUGCAUAUGCCCGUAUUGCAAUUACGAGAAGGACUUGAAACCAGUCUGUGGCAGUGACGGCCUAACCUACGCAUCGGAUUGUCACCUGCGUGCCUCGAGCUGUCACAGGAAAACACAUGUCACGGUUGCGAGAAAUUCUUCUUGCGAUAUCCAAACGCCAGUGGACCUUUUCAUCCUUGCUGACACGUCUCAAGAUAUACCCCAAAGCACUUUCGACAGAAUAAGAGACUUUAUUGAAAGUAUCGGGAGAGUAUAUGUUGAUUCGAAUGGCAAAGUUAGGGUGUCAAUAAUUGGAUAUGGGGAGACAUCAAAAGUUAUUCUUCCAAUAAAGCAGGGAACCUCGCUGAUGGCUCUACGUAUGGGUAUGAAGAGUUUUAUCCAAACCAAAGACGAACGAAAACUCGGAGAUGCCUUAGAAAAUGUGAGGAAUAUCAUACAGGGAGAUGGUGACGUCAGAAGAAAUGCAGAAAAUGUUGUGCUUGUCAUGGCAGCUGGUAAGAACUCUAUUGCCGAUUCAACUAAAAUGUCAACUGAGGCAGAUAUACUUAAGCGUGCUGGGAUUCCUAUUGCAGCAAUCGGUAUUGGAAGAGCUGCUAAGGAAGAUGCGUUCUUAUCCAUUGCUAGCAGCCCGAGAAACGCCUUUAAAGUAGACAAUGCUGAUGAUAUAUGGAAUGUGAUGUCUGAUGUCUCAAGGUUGGUAGGAGUAGCUAAAAAAUUCAGCCACAAGCUUGACCUUGGUUUCAUAUUGGGAGCAGAUAAAUUAGAGUCACCGGACGAUUUUGAUAUGGGGAAGAGCCUUAUUGUUGAGAUGUUGAAAAGCAUUGAGGUCUCACCCGACGCUUCCCGUAUUGCAUUGAUUGUAUAUGGCAGUGAAGCUAAAGUUGUAUUUCCGCUCAAUAUCGUCAUUAACCGCGAAGCUGCUAUACAACGCGUCGAAGCAUUGAAGAGGCCAGAUGGCUCUUCUGGUUUGAGCAAAGCCAUAGAGCUAAGCAGACAAGUCAUGAACGCAGAGAUCAGUGACAGGGAAGGAAUCCCAAAGACUGUUAUAAUUUUGACUAACAAUGGCAUAGAUACUUCAGCUCGAUUAGCUGCCUCGCUGUUGAUUGCUGAUGGCAUAAAAGUCAAAGGCGUCAUGAUUGGUAAGCAAGGAACACAAGAUGAAAUCCGCAGUAUUACAACAAAGCCUAGCGAUGCUGUUCAGCUGCUAGACAGUGCUGGAAUAAACACACUUGCAACUGCUUUGCUCAGCUCGUUGUUACCAGACCCAUGUGACAAAGUCAAAUGCUUAUAUGGUGGAAAAUGUCAAAUUGGCACAGAUAAAUCUGCUCGAUGUGUGUGCAAAAAAUGUGACAUUUCUCCAAGGAUGAAACCAAUAUGUGGAGACGAUGGAAAGACAUACUCCUCGUACUGUCAUCUUAAAUUUGCCAGUUGUACAGAGAGUAGAGCUAAUAAUGUUCUAAAAUACGAGCCAUGUGGACUUUUAAGGCCGAUUGAUUUGUUCUAUCUGCUGGACACCUCUGGAGAUGUUAGUAGCCGCUCUCUAGAAGUCAUGAAACGUUUCAUUCUACAGCAAGGUGGAAUUUAUAAUAUUUCCCGAGAUGGUACCCGGGUCUCAGUGGUGACAUAUGAUAACACUGCAAAAGUCUUGCUGACGGUAGAGCAAGGCAAUAGCAUUUCUGCUCUGAAAUUGGCGUUGGAUCAAGUAAGAAGUACGGACAGACCAAGAAACAUUGUGAGUGCUUUGCGACUUGUGGAAGAGAGGAUAAGAAGAAAAGAAGACGGUUUAAGAGACCAUGUUGCCAAGGUUUUAGUUGUUUUUCUAAACGGUAGAAGUGCUGCUCCGUCUAAGGAUGAAAUAAAGUCUCAGGUAAGUAAAUUAGGUCAGUUAGGUGUUCACUUAGUUGUUAUAGGCAUUGGGAAGAAUAUUGCAAAGGAAGAUGCUGAAGAUCUCGUCAUUAGGCCUGAAAACCUUGUGCUUGUAAAGGAGCCUGAAGAAAUCUUUGGUGCUUCCCCUGUCAUAUCAACUGUAGCAACUUCCGGGGGAGUUUCUCGUGAAAUGGAAGUUGGCUUCAUAUUGGGUGCCGAUGGACCAAACUCCUUAACCGACUUUGCACUGGGAAGGAAUGCCGUCCAGCGAAUCAUAGAUAAACUUGACAUUGGAGUUGGUAAAGUACAGGUUGGCCUUGCUGUGUAUGGUAAUGAGGAAGGCUUCUUCUUAAAGCUCAGUCCGGAAAAUAAUCGAGACACGGUGAUUAGAACUAUUGACAAUGUUGCUUUACCGAAUGACGAAUUAUCAAAAGAGACCUCAAUUGAACUAUCAGCCAAUUAUGUUUACAAUAAGCUUUUUGAAGGAAAGGACGGCGUGGCAAAAACUGCAGUGAUUUUCGUCAAUGGAUUUAUUGACAAUUCUGUCAGAAAUAUAGUCCAAAGAUUGCAGUCUAAAGGAGUUAGAAUAAUUGGGGUUGCUUUAGGAGAACAGGUUAAUGUAGAACUUAUAAGACCCAUUGCUAGAGCUGGUGUAUUUAAAGUCGGUCGUAUUGAAGAUGUCGGCAAGGAUAUAAAGCCUAUUGUAUCUGCAAUUAUGCCAGAAUCCUGUGCUCGGAAGCAGUGUAGUUACAAUGCCCAAUGCUUUACACGGCUAGAUGGAAGCGGGGAAUGUUUCUGUCCAGUAUGUGACAGCAAUGUCCAGAUGAAAGCCGUCUGUGGAACAGACAGAAGGACCUACGCAUCUUAUUGUCACCUGAAGUACUUCAGUUGCCAAAUGAAGAGAAAGAUUUCCUUGCUGAAAGAAGAGCCAUGUGGUACUGAAAAACCUGUUGAGCUUUUCUUUUUGGUGGAUACGUCGAAAAAUGUCGGUCAAGAUGAUAUAGAUGCUAUUAAGAAUUUCAUUAUGCAGCAAGGAAAGGUAUACAGUCUUUCGAAGGAUGGAGUAAGGGCAGCUGUCAUUUCUUAUGGUGCUACUGCCAAAAAUGUGCUUCAGAUAAACAAAGGCAUAUCUCUGACAGCACUAAGAACUGCGUUGAACCAACUGAAGCAGACGAGCGAGAGUAGGCGCCCCGAAGAGGCUUUACGAAGGGUGAAGGACAUUAUUGUCAACAACAAAGAUGAUGUCCGACAGUAUGCAGGAAAAGUAGCGAUUCUCAUAAUCUCUGGUGGCAAGGCAACAUCUGACAUCAAUUUGUUGAGUUCAGAAGCACGUGCCUUAUAUCGUGCAGGUGUAAAUAUUGCAGUGAUUUUAGUUGGGUCCGAUCUACGGAAAGAAGAUCUAAAGACGAUUGCUGCCCGUCCAGACAGCAUAAUUGAUGUCACUUCAUCAGAUCAGCUGUCAGAUAUGACUUCAGCAAUAUCUGAUACAGUGCACAGUACUGCUAGGCUUGAAAAACCUCUCGAUCUUGUGUUCAUCAUUGGAACUAAAGGGCCUGAUGCACUGGCUGACUUUGUAAUUGGAAAAGACACAAUCAAGGGGAUUUUAGAGCGACUAGAAAUCUCGAAGGACAAAAUCCGGAUCGGACUUAUCGUAUAUGGAAAAGGAACAAGACUUCCAAUAAGACUAGAUGGAGACUUUAGCAGAGACAGUGCUGUAGAGAUUGUAGAUCAAUUAUCUGAUCUUGGACAAGGGUCUGCGUUAAGCGAAGCUAUCGAUAUAAGCAGGAUCUACACGUUCAACGAGUUGUACGGAGGCAGAAAAGCUGUUCCAAAAAGUGCCGUAAUUUUAACGAAUGAAAAUAUCAAUCAAAAAGCUAUUUUGGCAGCAGAGAGACUAAAAGAACGCGGAGUGCGAAUAAUAGGAGCUGCUAUUGGUACGACGGGUGAUGUGGAGUCCAUGAAAGACAUCACAAGUACUGGCGAUAAAGCAUUUGUCAUUACAAAGCGUGAUGACGUCAGAGAAAAAGUAAAGGAAAUACUAGCGAGAUUAAUGCCAGAUCCCUGCAAAGAUGUCCAGUGCCUUCACAACGCUAUUUGUAAUUUGCGGAACGAUGGAAGGACAGAAUGCUUGUGCCCAUUGUGUGACAAAGCCAACGUUAAUAAAGUAGUAUGUGGAGAUGAUGGGAUAACAUAUGCUUCCUAUUGCCACCUGAAAUCUUCCAGUUGUCAAAUGAAGAAAGUGGUCCGUUUGUUAAAGUAUGGUGCAUGUGGUGUUUCUAAACCAAUUGAUCUGUUCUACUUGGUUGACACAUCAAAUGGUGUAUCGAAUCCUGCUCUUGAGAAGAUGAAAGAUUUUGUCGUAAGUCAAGGAGAAGUUUUUAGCAUGUCAAAGGACGGUGUUCGAGCAUCUCUAAUAUCGUAUGCAGUACAGCCCACAGUUCAUUUAACAAUAAAUAACGGUAUAUCGCUAACGCGCCUUAAAGAGGCCGUUCAGCUGAUGAAAAGGAGCGAUGGAUCAAGACACUUGGAGAAGGCACUGGCAUCAGUGCGAGACAUGAUAAAUAGUGGAAGAGAAGGAGGAAGAAGCGACGUCCCAAAAGUUGUUGUCGUUUUCUUGACUGGGAAAAAUGCAUAUUCUGGGCUUAGGGAGCUGAACAAAGUAGUAGAUGAACUUAGGCGAAUGAGAGUUAAUAUCGUAGUCAUUGGAAUCGGAUCAGAAGUAACUGAUCGCGAACUUAGAGACAUUGCAACAAGCCCCAGCAGUGUCAAUAAAGUCAUAUCAGAAGAAAGAUUGCAAGAUGCGACAGCUGUAAUAUCUGGAGUGGUCAUGAAUUCGCCAGUUGUUUCCACUCGACUGGAUUUAGGCUUUAUUCUUGGCGAGAGCAUGCCAAGCGAAAGUUUGCAGUUUGAGACAGCGAAGAAAAUCAUUUCCGAGAUUUUGUGGAGGCUAGAAAUCUCACCUGACAAGACUCGAGUCGGGGCUAUCGUAUACGGCUCUGAUGCAGGUAGGAUAUUAUCAAUGGAUCAAUAUUAUGGUAAAAGUGGCGUCAUUAGAAGAAUAAAGAGUUUACCUUCACCAUCAAGUGUUUCGGCUCUGUCUCUGGAUGCGAUGCAAAGAGCAAUAAACCUUUUUGCAGCUCAGCCUGGAAUGCGUAAUGGUGUGCAAAAGACUGCUGUUAUAUUCAUUAACAAUAACUUAGACACCAAGACAAAACAGGCGCUGGAAAGACUUGUAAGUCAAGGAAUUAAGGUUAUUGCUGUCUAUUUUGGUACAGAAAAGGAUCCUCGCUACUUGGAAAGCUUGAGAAGCAAAGGUGCAAGCAUUAUAAUUGCAGGGUCAGAACCAGAUGCAAAAGGAAUUGCUAAUGAUGCUGUUAAAUCUGGGUUACCUGAUUCUUGCUCAGGAAUUAAAUGUUACUUCAAUGCUAAGUGCUAUGGAAGACCUGAUGGGACCAGCGAAUGUGCCUGUCAGAUGUGCGAUUCUGAUUUAGAAGGAACUCCUGUAUGCGGGAAUGAUGGCAGAACAUAUUCUUCAAGUUGUCAUCUAGAAUACACCAGUUGUUCUCUGAAGAAAGACAUCAUUGUGGAUAUGAAGGCUCCUUGUGAACUUAAAAAGUCAGUGGACAUCUUUUACAUGCUGGAUGCAUCAAUGGACGUUUCUGACAAUGAACUUGAAAUGAUGAAACAAUACGUAUUCAAACUGGGAAAAUUAUUUGGCAUAUCGAAUGAUAAAAGGAUGUCAGUAUUCUCUUAUGGAAAAACAGCAAGAAAUUACUUACCAAUUAACCGUGGGACGUCAAUUGAGCGACUUGAAAAUGGAGUUAGAAAAAUAACAAGUACCAAAGAGCCACGGCACAUUGGAAAAGCGCUUAUGGUUGUUUAUGAAUACAUUGGUAGUGAAGUUGGAAGUGAAAAGAAUGUCCCAAAGGCUGUUGUGCUCUUUGUAAAAGGGAAAAGCUCUACAUCAGACCCAGUCGAGGUUACCUCAGCAGCUGAGAGCUUGAAAGCUGAACGGGUUGUUAUUAGUGUUGUAGAUAUUGGAAAAAGUUUCAAAGAGGAUGAAUUGAAUCAAAUUGCUAGCAGCAAAGACAAUGUUGCAAGAAUCCAAACAACGGAGGAUCUGCCCCUUGUAACUCCAAUUGUAUCCCAAGCCCUUGAAGGAAGCCCGAAAUUUUCAGAGAAAAUUGAUCUUGUCUUUGUACUAGGAGCAAGCGAAGAUGAUAAUUCCAGUCGAUUUAAUAUUGGAAAAUUGCUAAUUCUCGAGUUGCUUAAAAGAUUAGAUCUUUCUUCUAGUAAAACGAAGAUAGGGUUGGUUACAUAUGGAGCCGAAGCAAAAAAGAUAGUAACUUUAAGCGAUGAGCUUGAUGCUGCCAAAUUAAAGUCAAUAAUCGUAAACUUAGAGACUCCGCAACCAGGAUUUGGAUUACAUAAAGCAAUUAUGUCUGCUAGAACAGAGAUCUUCAGCAAGAAACUUGGUGCUAGAUAUGAGGUACCAAAGCGAGCAAUAAUACUUUUAGAUAGAGAUUUGCAGGGAAAUUCUAUUUUGGCUGUCGAGCGAUUGAAACAAGCAGGUGUCAAAGUAAUCGGAGUCGCGCUUAAAGAAGGCAUGAAUUUGCCAGAGUUGAAAGUUGUUUUAUCUUCAAAGGAUGCAAUUUCAAAAGUAACCAAAAAUGAAGAGAUCCCACAAUCAGUAGAAAGAAUAUUAAAGUCAUUCCAGUCAGGUCCAUGUGAUAAGGUGAAAUGUGAAUAUAACGCAAGGUGCCAGGUGAAGCAAGACCAAACAACCGAAUGUGUUUGUCCUGAUUGUGACAGCCAGUCUGAAGUAAAUGCAGUAUGCGGAAGUGACGGCAGGACAUAUGCUUCUUAUUGCCAUCUCAAAUCAACAGUUUGUCGAACGAAGACAUUAGUAUCGUUGGUUAGCAAGAAAGCAUGUGCUGUCACGGAGCCUGUAGAUGUCUUCUAUUUGUUGGACACAUCGAAAGGAGUAACGAAGAAUCAAUUAGACAAAAUGAGAGACUUUGUUACCCAGCAAGCAAAGGCGUACAACAUAUCGAGUGAUGGUGUAAGGAUAUCGGUGCUUACGUAUAGCAGCGAUGCAAGGACUUUGUUGCCAGUUGGCCGAGGUACAUCACCAGAGGCUUUGAAGAAUGCUUUAGAUGCUGCUGCGUUGACAGACAGUCCGAGACAAGUGGCUAAUGCUCUUCAGUCGGUAAGGAGGACUAUCGUCUACAAGACAGACGGCGUGAGGGAUGAUGCAGGAAAAGUAGUAGUGUUAAUUGUUGCUGGUAGGAACGCACGAUCUGGUUUGCCAUAUGUCAGAUCGGAAGGAGAUGCUCUGAAAGGAAGUGGAGCUAACGUUGUUGUGAUUGGAAUGGGCGACGACUUGGACGAAAACGAGAUGAAAUCUGUUGCAACUAAGCCAGAUCGGUUUGUAAAGGUGAGCUCAGAAGACAAACUGUUGGACGCUGUUUCAGCAGUAUCUGAUUCGAUAAGCGAUACCCAGAAGAGUUCGUUGAAACUGGAUUUGGGAUUCAUAUUAGGAGCAGACGGUGUUAAUGCGGAGAAGGACUUUGAGCUGGGAAAAGAAGCUAUUAAGGAGAUGUUGAGAAAGUUGGACAUAUCGAGCGAAAAGACACGAUUCGGCUUGAUUGUGUACGGACAAAGUGCUGGAAUGGUAUCACGACUGGAUUCUGUUAAUAGUUUGAAAGAUGCUCUCAGUGUUGUUGAUAAAGUUAAGAUUCCUCGUAAAGGAUUCGCUUUGAAAGAGGCGUUGGAAAUGGCGCGGACGGACUUGUUCGACGCCCUAUCUGGAGGGAGAAGAGAUACUGACAAAACAGCAGUGAUAUUCGUUAAUAAGGAGAUGGAUUCUGCAUCGAAAGCUGCAGCUGAGGCGUUGAAAAAGGAUGGUGUGAAGAUAUUGGCUGUUUCUUUAGGUGAAGCAGAUGCUAGAGAUUCACUGAGAGAUGUUACAAGCACGGACAAGGAUAUAAAGCGAAUCGCUAGAAGGAGUGAUAUCGAUAAGUUGGCGAAAGACUUGGCAUCUUCCCUGACGUCAGGUCCAUGUGAUAAGGUGAAAUGUGAAUAUAACGCAAGGUGCCAGGUGAAGCAAGACCAAACAACCGAAUGUGUUUGUCCUGAUUGUGACAGCCAGUCUGAAGUAAAUGCAGUAUGCGGAAGUGACGGCAGGACAUAUGCUUCUUAUUGCCAUCUCAAAUCAACAGUUUGUCGAACGAAGACAUUAGUAUCGUUGGUUAGCAAGAAAGCAUGUGCUGUCACGGAGCCUGUAGAUGUCUUCUAUUUGUUGGACACAUCGAAAGGAGUAACGAAGAAUCAAUUAGACAAAAUGAGAGACUUUGUUACCCAGCAAGCAAAGGCGUACAACAUAUCGAGUGAUGGUGUGAGGAUAUCGGUGCUUACGUAUAGCAGCGAUGCAAGGACUUUGUUGCCAGUUGGCCGAGGUACAUCACCAGAGGCUUUGAAGAAUGCUUUAGAUGCUGCUGCGUUGACAGACAGUCCGAGACAAGUGGCUAAUGCUCUUCAGUCGGUAAGGAGGACUAUCGUCUACAAGACAGGCGGCGUGAGGGAUGAUGCAGGAAAAGUAGUAGUGUUAAUUGUUGCUGGUAGGAACGCACGAUCUGGUUUGCCAUAUGUCAGAUCGGAAGGAGAUGCUCUGAAAGGAAGUGGAGCUAACGUUGUUGUGAUUGGAAUGGGCGACGACUUGGACGAAAACGAGAUGAAAUCUGUUGCAACUAAGCCAGAUCGGUUUGUAAAGGUGAGCUCAGAAGACAAACUGUUGGACGCUGUUUCAGCAGUAUCUGAUUCGAUAAGCGAUACCCAGAAGAGUUCGUUGAAACUGGAUUUGGGAUUCAUAUUAGGAGCAGACGGUGUUAAUGCGGAGAAGGACUUUGAGCUGGGAAAAGAAGCUAUUAAGGAGAUGUUGAGAAAGUUGGACAUAUCGAGAGAAAAGACACGAUUCGGCUUGAUUGUGUACGGACAAAGUGCUGGAAUGGUAUCACGACUGGAUUCUGUUAAUAGUUUGAAAGAUGCUCUCAGUGUUGUUGAUAAAGUUAAGAUUCCUCGUAAAGGAUUCGCUUUGAAAGAGGCGUUGGAAAUGGCGCGGACGGACUUGUUCGACGCCCUAUCUGGAGGGAGAAGAGAUACUGACAAAACAGCAGUGAUAUUCGUUAAUAAGGAGAUGGAUUCUGCAUCGAAAGCUGCAGCUGAGGCGUUGAAAAAGGAUGGUGUGAAGAUAUUGGCUGUUUCUUUAGGUGAAGCAGAUGCUAGAGAUUCAUUGAGAGAUGUUACAAGCACGGACAAGGAUAUAAAGCGAAUCGCUAGUAGGAGUGAUAUCGACAAGUUGGCGAAAGACUUGGCAUCUUCCCUGACGUCAGGUCCAUGUGAUAAGGUGAAAUGUGAAUAUAACGCAAGGUGCCAGGUGAAGCAAGACCAAACAACCGAAUGUGUUUGUCCUGAUUGUGACAGCCAGUCUGAAGUAAAUGCAGUAUGCGGAAGUGACGGCAGGACAUAUGCUUCUUAUUGCCAUCUCAAAUCAACAGUUUGUCGAACGAAGACAUUAGUAUCGUUGGUUAGCAAGAAAGCAUGUGCUGUCACGGAGCCUGUAGAUGUCUUCUAUUUGUUGGACACAUCGAAAGGAGUAACGAAGAAUCAAUUAGACAAAAUGAGAGACUUUGUUACCCAGCAAGCAAAGGCGUACAACAUAUCGAUUGAUGGUGUAAGGAUAUCGGUGCUUACGUAUAGCAGCGAUGCAAGGACUUUGUUGCCAGUUGGCCGAGGUACAUCACCAGAGGCUUUGAAGAAUGCUUUAGAUGCUGCUGCGUUGACAGACAGUCCGAGACAAGUGGCUAAUGCUCUUCAGUCGGUAAGGAGGACUAUCGUCUACAAGACAGGCGGCGUGAGGGAUGAUGCAGGAAAAGUAGUAGUGUUAAUUGUUGCUGGUAGGAACGCACGAUCUGGUUUGCCAUAUGUCAGAUCGGAAGGAGAUGCUCUGAAAGGAAGUGGAGCUAACGUUGUUGUGAUUGGAAUGGGCGACGACUUGGACGAAAACGAGAUGAAAUCUGUUGCAACUAAGCCAGAUCGGUUUGUAAAGGUGAGCUCAGAAGACAAACUGUUGGACGCUGUUUCAGCAGUAUCUGAUUCGAUAAGCGAUACCCAGAAGAGUUCGUUGAAACUGGAUUUGGGAUUCAUAUUAGGAGCAGACGGUGUUAAUGCGGAGAAGGACUUUGAGCUGGGAAAAGAAGCUAUUAAGGAGAUGUUGAGAAAGUUGGACAUAUCGAGAGAAAAGACACGAUUCGGCUUGAUUGUGUACGGACAAAGUGCUGGAAUGGUAUCACGACUGGAUUCUGUUAAUAGUUUGAAAGAUGCUCUCAGUGUUGUUGAUAAAGUUAAGAUUCCUCGUAAAGGAUUCGCUUUGAAAGAGGCGUUGGAAAUGGCGCGGACGGACUUGUUCGACGCCCUAUCUGGAGGGAGAAGAGAUACUGACAAAACAGCAGUGAUAUUCGUUAAUAAGGAGAUGGAUUCGGCAUCGAAAGCUGCAGCUGAGGCGUUGAAAAAGGAUGGUGUGAAGAUAUUGGCUGUUUCUUUAGGUGAAGCAGAUGCUAGAGAUUCACUGAGAGAUGUUACAAGCACGGACAAGGAUAUAAAGCGAAUCGCUAGUAGGAGUGAUAUCGACAAGUUGGCGAAAGACUUGGCAUCUUCCCUGACGUCAGGUCCAUGUGAUAAGGUGAAAUGUGAAUAUAACGCAAGGUGCCAGGUGAAGCAAGACCAAACAACCGAAUGUGUUUGUCCUGAUUGUGACAGCCAGUCUGAAGUAAAUGCAGUAUGCGGAAGUGACGGCAGGACAUAUGCUUCUUAUUGCCAUCUCAAAUCAACAGUUUGUCGAACGAAGACAUUAGUAUCGUUGGUUAGCAAGAAAGCAUGUGCUGUCACGGAGCCUGUAGAUGUCUUCUAUUUGUUGGACACAUCGAAAGGAGUAACGAAGAAUCAAUUAGACAAAAUGAGAGACUUUGUUACCCAGCAAGCAAAGGCGUACAACAUAUCGAGUGAUGGUGUAAGGAUAUCGGUGCUUACGUAUAGCAGCGAUGCAAGGACUUUGUUGCCAGUUGGCCGAGGUACAUCACCAGAGGCUUUGAAGAAUGCUUUAGAUGCUGCUGCGUUGACAGACAGUCCGAGACAAGUGGCUAAUGCUCUUCAGUCGGUAAGGAGGACUAUCGUCUACAAGACAGGCGUGAGGGAUAAUGCAGGAAAAGUAGUAGUGUUAAUUGUUGCUGGUAGGAACGCACGAUCUGGUUUGCCAUAUGUCAGAUCGGAAGGAGAUGCUCUGAAAGGAAGUGGAGCUAACGUUGUUGUGAUUGGAAUGGGCGACGACUUGGACGAAAACGAGAUGAAAUCUGUUGCAACUAAGCCAGAUCGGUUUGUAAAGGUGAGCUCAGAAGACAAACUGUUGGACGCUGUUUCAGCAGUAUCUGAUUCGAUAAGCGAUACCCAGAAGAGUUCGUUGAAACUGGAUUUGGGAUUCAUAUUAGGAGCAGACGGUGUUAAUGCGGAGAAGGACUUUGAGCUGGGAAAAGAAGCUAUUAAGGAGAUGUUGAGAAAGUUGGACAUAUCGAGCGAAAAGACACGAUUCGGCUUGAUUGUGUACGGACAAAGUGCUGGGAUGGUAUCACGACUGGAUUCUGUUAAUAGUUUGAAAGAUGCUCUCAGUGUUGUUGAUAAAGUUAAGAUUCCUCGUAAAGGAUUCGCUUUGAAAGAGGCGUUGGAAAUGGCGCGGACGGACUUGUUCGACGCCCUAUCUGGAGGGAGAAGAGAUACUGCCAAAACAGCAGUGAUAUUCGUUAAUAAGGAGAUGGAUUCUGCAUCGAAAGCUGCAGCUGAGGCGUUGAAAAAGGAUGGUGUGAAGAUAUUGGCUGUUUCUUUAGGUGAAGCAGAUGCUAGAGAUUCACUGAGAGAUGUUACAAGCACGGACAAGGAUAUAAAGCGAAUCGCUAGUAGGAGUGAUAUCGACAAGUUGGCGAAAGACUUGGCAUCUUCCCUGACGUCAGGUCCAUGUGAUAAGGUGAAAUGUGAAUAUAACGCAAGGUGCCAGGUGAAGCAAGACCAAACAACCGAAUGUGUUUGUCCUGAUUGUGACAGCCAGUCUGAAGUAAAUGCAGUAUGCGGAAGUGACGGCAGGACAUAUGCUUCUUAUUGCCAUCUCAAAUCAACAGUUUGUCGAACGAAGACAUUAGUAUCGUUGGUUAGCAAGAAAGCAUGUGAUUUCUUGGAACCCGUGGAUUUGGUUUUUAUGAUUGACACAUCGAAGUUUGUCAAUGCUUCAGUUUUAGAAGGAAUGAAGAAGUUAAUACUUAACCAAGGAAGGAUCUUCAACAUCUCUAGAGACUAUGUCAGGAUUGGAAUUGUAUCGUAUGGCAAACAAAGCGAUGUUUCUUUAACUGCAAAUAACGGAGUUUCAUUGCAUUAUUUGAAGACCGUUUUAGAUGAAAUUAAAACUGGAAAAGAUGAGAGAUACAUUAGCGCUUCACUAAAUGACUUUAGAAAAUUUAUCGAAAAGGGAAAAUUAGGCCUGAGGAACGAUGCAGGCAAAGUUUUAGUAUUGUUUAUAAAUGGUGGUGAUGUUUAUGAAAACCCCAAAGAUUUGCAAGGUAUUCAGAAGUUUUUAAAGGAGAAACGAUUCCGAACAGUUGUGAUAUCUAUUGGAAAUAAUUUUGAAAGUGAAAAAAUAAAGGCGUUAGCAUCAACACCUGAGAAUGUUUUAAGCCUUGUUAAUCAUAAAGCAUUGAAUGAUGGAACCCCAAAAAUUUCAGAAGCUGUCAUGAAUGCUAAUGUUGUUGAUACAAAAGUUGAUAUUGGCUUUAUUUUUGGGUCAAUGGGAGGAAGUGCAGCGGCAGAUAAAUUACGUCUCUCUAAGCAAAUCAUCAAGGAUCUACUUAAGAAGUUGGUUUUGUCCAGGGACAAGGUUCACGUGGGCCUCAUCAAAUAUGACAGAAAUACCGAAAUUGUAAAGGGUUUAGAUGAUUAUUUCGACUUCAAUAAAACGGUUGAAGCUGUCGACAUGGCUAGAAUAUUGAACGGUGAACAAGUACUGUCAAAGGCAAUUGAUUUAGCAAGGAGUAAACUUUUUGAUGUACGAAACGGUGGAAGGCCAGGUGUUCCGAAAAAUGUAGUGCUGUUUGUCAAUAAAGAUAUUGACACGGACUCCCAAAAAGCUGCGAAUAGCCUUGUCAAAGAAGGAGUCAAAGUAAUAUUUGUCACCUUGGCUAAAAAUAUUGAUCUUGGUUCUUCGGAAACAAUGGCAGCUGUAAUAAAACACGAUGAAAACAAAGAUCGAAAAAUUACCCCAAAAGCUGUAGUUGCUGCUCUAAAAACAGAUCCUUGUGAGGGCAUGAAAUGUGGAUACUUUGGUAAAUGCAAGCAGCAUGAGAAUGGCAUCAUUGGAUGCUCUUGCGAUACAUGCGAAAAUGAACGAUAUCAACCUGUUUGUGGGGAAAAUGGCCUAACAUAUGCAAGUCUUUGCUCAAAUCGCCUACACACGUGCUUAAAGAAGGAAAAAGUCGCCGUUAUCAAAGAAAACCCAUGUGGUGUUAGCAGUCCUGUUGAUUUGAUAAUUGCUUUGGACACUACCAAAGGAGUAAAUUCUGGGACGCUGUUUAAAGCCAAAGAACUGUUAAAAGCUCUUUUGAGGUCUUAUAAUAUAUCGCAAUUAGGCACCAAUGUAGGGCUUCUCACUUUCGGUAGUAAUGCACGUGAAAUUGUUCCAAUUCGGGAUGGCAUUGUAAGAACCCUUAUUGAAAGUAGCAUCGAUAAGGCAGUUUAUAUGAAUGGACCGCGAAGAGUCGAAGAUGUCCUCUCAAAGGCACUCAUCAUGCUGCGAUACCCUUCAAAUAGCGAUCAGCGAAGUGAAUCAUCGAAGCAGAUAGUACUAGUCUUAUUAGACGGAGUCAUCAACGUAGCGCCUGCCUCAGUUGUUCAGCUUGCUUCGCAGAUGAAGCUUUUUGACAUAAGACCAAUUGUCCUCGCAGUUAACGUAUCGAAUGCACGAGCCCUUAUGCCUAUUGUCAAAAACAAAGCAGACUUCUAUACUGUGGACGAGGGCAAAAGUUUGAGUAAUGCUCUUGGCGAGAUAGAAAAGAGGAGUGCAAUAAAUGCAGCAAAAGAUCUGCCCGUGGAUAUCGGCUUUGUAUUUGGUGCUGAUGGCCCAAAAGCCUCUAAACGAUUUAGUGAGCAAAAAUCCUUUGCCAAGAAGCUAAUUGAUUCACUGGUUAUAUCGCCAACAGCUGCAUUGAUAGGAGGGAUUUUGCAAGACAGUAGCUCACGUAUUGCGUGGAGGAUUGGUGAUGCCCAAGAUAAGGAUACGACAGUCCGGAUAAUUGAUCAACUUCAAAUGAAUGGCCUGGGCGAUGAUAUUGUGAAAGCAGUUGACAUUUCCAGAAGUUUGUUUGCAGAAGUUAAUGGCGCAAGGCGAAAUGCUGAGAAAAUAUUGGUUAUAUUUCUCGAUGAAACGUUUAAAUCAAAUGCCGAUCUGGAAAAAUCUGUAGAACAAGUAAAAAAUUCUGGAGUGAAGGUCAUAGUUAUUGCAAGUGGACCAGAUGUUGAUGAAAUCGAUAUGUUGGCACUACCGAGUGAUAGCGAGAGUCUUGUUAAAGUACAGGAUUUAGCAAAUCCAGAUGACAGUGUUUUGCCUACGUUUGGUAAUCUAUUAAAACCAGAUCUUUGUCAAAAGAAACAGUGUAAAUUCUACAGUAAAUGUCAUCAGAGAACGGAUGGAACAACAGAAUGUGUUUGUCCAUUGUGCAAUGAAGAACAUACGUAUUCCCCAAUUUGCGGAGAUGACAGUAUUACUUAUGCAAGCCUUUGCCAGUUGCAAAAGAUGGCGUGUAAUCAAAGAAAGGAAAUCAAUGUUGCAAAAAACAAAGCUUGUGGGAUCGACAAGGCACUGGAUCUUAUCAUUGCCUUGGAUGUGACGGACAAAUAUGACUCCUCAAAAGUAAAACCGUUUGUGAACGCACUCCUUGAAUCAUAUAAAAUCUCCAAAUCAGAGACAAAUGUUGGAAUUGUCACGUAUGGUAGUGUUGCAAAUGAAACACUGCCAAUGUCCCAUGGAACAGAUCUUGCUGUUAUCCAGCAACAUGUUAAUGCAGCCCAGCCAUUAGUUGGACCUAAGAAGGCCAGCGAAGCUUUGAUAAUGGCCCGACUUUUGUUCCACGACUCUUUGAGGUCUGAGAAGGCAAAAGGCGAAAGGAAGCAAAUUAUCCUUGUUUCAAUAGGAGAAAAUGAUAAAUCUGAUAGCCAAAGCUUCUCUAAGAUAAUGUCGCAAUUGGAAGAAGAGGAUGUGGAUGUAAUCAUAUUGGCAAUAAAAACAAAAGACGAUUCAGUGUUUAAAAAGUCAUUGAAAAGCCAAGAUGGGCUGAUCAAGGCUGAUGAUACCAACUCCCUCAAAAAUAUCUUUGGUAUUUUAGAGAGCCGGAGCCGUAAAGCGACUGCAAAGCCGUCUCCUCUUGAUAUCGGGUUUAUAUUUGGUGCAAGUGAUGGGGACGCUGUUGGAGCAUUUGAAAAUGAAAAGAACCUCGCAAGAAGAAUCGUUGAAAGAUAUUUGAUAUCAAGAAAUAACACUUUGGUCGGUGCAAUUGUGUAUGGCAGUACAGCAUCAUUAGCUUGGAGAAUAGGAGACAUAAUUGAAUCAAGAUCAACCAUAGAUCGUAUAGCAAGAUUGCAACCACCCGAAGAUGGGAAUAACUUGCCUGAAGCCCUUCAAGUUGCUAAAGAUGUCUUAUUUGACCCAAAGUAUGGUGCUAGAAGUAACGUUCCAAAAUCUCUGGUUGUGUUCAUAGACAGGGCUGAUUUCGAUAAGGCUGGCUUUGUUGCGCAGGUCAAAAGAUUGAGGGAUGCCAGUGUUAAUGUGAUCUUGAUAGCUGUUGGACCAAACAUAGACAUCGAAAAGAUGAUGUCAUCAAUCCCAUUAAGAAAAGACAAAGUAUUGCAAAUACCAAUAAUUGUCCCAGCAAGUGAAGACUUGGUUUCAAAGGUAGCAACAAAAGCCACCCCAGAUCCAUGUGCCAAUCAGCUUUGCCAGUUCCACAGCCUCUGCUUAGGGAUGAACGACGGGACAUCAGAAUGCGUCUGUCCUCUUUGUUAUGGAAAUGACGCACCUUUACCUAUUUGUGGAAGCGAUGGAAGAACGUAUUCUAAUGAAUGCGAGUUGAAGAAAGCGUCGUGUAAAGAACAAAAAGCUAUUACAGUACGAAAGGAGGGCAAUUGUGGCAUUUCAAGACCAGUUCAGCUUGUAAUUGCAUUGGAUACCACAGAAAAUCCGAAAUCUGCUGAUUUCCUCAAGGUGAAAGGGGUCCUUAAAACUUUGCUAAAGUCAUACGAUAUUUCUCAAAACGAGACAAAUAUUGGGCUGUUGACCUUCGGGAAGACAGCAAAGCAGCUUUUACCACUUGCAUCAGGAUUAAACAGAGUUCUUGUUGAAAGGAGCAUUGACAGAGCAGAGCUGCACAGCAGUCCAAGAAAGGCCAGCGAGCCAUUGGCUUUAGCUAGAAACAUGCUUGUGAAUGCACAGAUAAGAGACAAAUCAGUUGAAAGAAAGCCUCAAGUACUGUUGGUCAUGAUGGGAAGCAACGACCCGUCAGAUAUGGAUAGCUUUACCAGUACUGUAAAACAACUAGAAAAGGAUGGCAUCGCUCUUAUCAUUCUUGCACAGACUUUGAAGAAAGACGACAAGGCCUUGAAAGAUGCAGUAAGAGACGAAGCUGAUCUAAUUAGAAUAGAUGAUUCAUCGAAGGACGCCUUAGGGUUACUGGAACAAAGUAGUGGUCUCGCGGCAGCAAAACCAGAAAACCUCGACCUCAUCUUCGUUUUUGGUGCUGGUAGCAAGAAUGCAGCCAGCGCUUUUGCUCAGCAAAAAAUACUAGCGGAGCGUAUGGUUGAUAAAUAUCAGAUAUCAACCCCUGGUGUUCUUGUUGGUGCCCUAUCGUAUGAUUCGAUUGCCCGUUUGGGCUGGAGAAUCGGGAACGCACGUGAUGCAAAGUCUACAGUAGAAAACAUACGCAGCAUCCGACAAGUAGGAAAAGGAAAUAAUAUAUUGAAUGCAUUGGAAAUGGCUCGAGACGAACUACUUCCGGUAUCAAAAGGAGCUAGAAUAAACACAUCGAAGACUCUUGUUGUUUUUAUCGAUAAAGCACAAGAGAAAGACGAAAAAUUGGAAGAUCUUGCUGUUGAACUGAAGAGUUCUGGUGUAAAGGUUAUCGUCGUGGCAAUGGGACCAGAAGUUGAAAAGAAGUACCUUGGAGGAAUUGCAAGCGAUCCUUCUAAUCUCUAUAAAGUCUCUGAUUUGUUAACCAAUCCAGGGUUGCCUGACAAGAUUGUUGCACAGUCUAGACCUGAUCCUUGCGAGAAAAUAGUCUGCGAGUACUACAGCUCUUGUCACAAAAUCAGUGGUGGAAGUGCAGAGUGCAUUUGCCCAGUGUGUGGAGAUGAAAAACAAUAUUCACUUGUCUGUGGAGAUGAUGGCAAGACAUAUGCAGAUGAAUGUGAACUCCGCAGGACUUCUUGCAAAGAAAAGAAGAUUGUUAAGAAGAUCAAGGACGGUGCUUGUGGAAUAGCAAGCACUGUCGACCUUGUUAUUGCCAUCGAUGUUGUAAAAGAUGUUUCAACCCAAGAUUUGAUGAAAGCCAAAAAGUUAUCUAAGACCUUGUUGAAAUCUUAUAACAUUUCUGAAUAUGGAACAAAUGUUGCAAUCCUUACAUACGGAGCUGAUGCAAAAAAAGUCUUGCCGCUGGAGGAUGGAACAAGCAAGUCUGCCAUCGAGACAGCGCUGGAUGGUAUAACUGUCAGUAAUGACAGCCCAAGGUCGCCAAGUCAACCGUUAGCUGUUGCAAGAAGAAUUCUGAUAGACGAAAGACGUUAUGACAGAAAGCUGAAAACAAAAUCUCAGGUGAUACUGUUUGUAAUGGGAGACACAAGUGAUGAAGACCGCUACAGGCUCGAUGCUGUUGCAUCACAACUUGAGAGAGAUGACAUUACUUUGAUAAUCGUUGGCAUCAAUGUCAAAAAUAGGGAACCUUUGAAAAGUGCAGUUAAGCAUCCAGCUGACUUGAUUCUGAUUGAUGACGUCAAAGAAUUGAAGGGCAAAGUUCCUGAGUUAGAGGAAAGAAGUGGGAAAGCGGCCGCAACUCCUAAACCUUUGGACCUUGGCUUUCUUUUUGGCGCCGAUGGACCUUCGGCUCAAACCAUGUUUGCUGCAGAGAAAAGGAUAGCAAAAAAGAUUGUAAGCAUGAAUAAAAUAUCGGAAUUAGCAACACUAGUCGGUGUGGUUAUAUAUGACGAUGGUGCUUACUUAGGUCUGAAGUUAGGAGAAGCAAUGGAUCUUAGUAUGACGUUAGCAAAUAUUGAUAGAUUGCAACGAAGAAAUGCUGGAAAUAACGUGGCAAUGGGUUUAAAAGUUGCAUACGAGGAGCUAUUUAUCAUGAAGAAUGGAGCCAGAUACAGCGUACCAAAAACUCUUGUGGUGUUUAUUGACAAAGCAAAAACGAGAGAUCUUGAAUUAGAGAAAGCAGCAAGAAAGUUGAAAGAUGCAGGCGUAAAGAUUAUUGUAGUAGCUGUUGGGUCAGAAGUAAACAAAGAUGCGCUAUAUGGACUUACAAGUGAUCCUGCGUAUUUACUGACUCCUAAUGAUUUGGUGACGGAAAUGGAAAGUAUUUCGUCUACAGCUGCAGCAUUGACAAAGCCAGAUCCUUGUGAAUCCAAAUCUUGUGGCUUUUUUGCCAAAUGCCAUAGACGAUCAGACAACUCACCUGAAUGUAUCUGUCCCAUUUGCGACGCCGAUGAAAAAUUCUCGCCUGUUUGUGGAAGUGACGGUAGCACCUAUGCAAAUCAAUGUGAUCUGGAAAAAUCCUCUUGCGCUGGAAAGAGGCUCAUUCGUUUAACCAAGAAAGAGGCUUGCGGAAUGACAAAGCCGCUUGAUGUCGUAAUUUUCCUCGAUGGGUCAGAUCAUGUAAAGAAGUCAACAUUUGAUAAAAUGAAAGAUUUCACCAAAGGUGUUCUCCGAGCAUACGAUAUAGCAAAGAACAAAACCAGGGUUUCUAUCACCACGUUUGCCGAAACUCAAAAUAAAAUUGUCGACCUGAAAGAAGGAGCCUUUAAAUCUGUUGUUUAUCAAGCCAUUGAGGAUGCAGGAACAUUAGGAGGGAAAAGACAGUUGGUAGAUGCCGUUAAGUAUGCAGAAACUGGCAUUUUCGAGAAAAAUGAUAGAGGAAAGCUGGUUGUUUUACUAGUCAAUGGUUCUCCGUCUUCAAAAAACACACAAGAUCGCCUCGAAGCCCUGGUUCGUGGAAUGAAAGGAAGAGGAAUAAAUGUUGUUCUAGUUGCUGUUGGGGAAACAAAAAAUGACGAAGAACUACGCGGUAUCAGCAAGGAGGCAACAACAAUAUUGGUGCCAGACUCCAAAGAUAUCAGAUAUGCAUAUACAACUGUUCUAGAUGCAAGCGAAAAAGCUGCAGCCAAACCGCUCAAGCUAAAUGUUGGUUUUGUUAUUGGCGCAAAUGGUGAGAACGCGCCAAGAGCAUUUUUCACAGAGAAGGCUCUAAUUGAGAAGCUGGUACGUAAUUACAACGUCGCAAAGGCAGACGCCAUUUUUGGAGCAAUAACUUACAAUCGGGAUGCUGACGUAGAGUUUGCCUUUGGAGAGGUACCUGAUGCAGAGAAAGUGAUAACAAGGAUCAGAAACUUAAGAAGGACAAAGACUGGUAACAAUAUUCAAAGAGCUUUAGAGCUGGCAAGGGAUACUUUAUUUAGUCCUACCGGAGCUAUGAGGACAAAUAGCGGUAAAGUCUUGGUUUUGUUCACCGAUAAAAUCAGCAUGAAUGACAAAAGCGUUGUUGAUAUAGCCAAGCAGAUAAUAGAUUCUGGUGUGAAAAUGUUGGUGAUUGGAAUAAAACCAGGCGCCGAACAAGAAGCGUUGACAAGAUUGGCAGGUGACAAAGAAAAUGUUUUUGUAAUCGAAGAUUUGCUGAAGAAUACAGAUGUGCUGAUUCCGAAAGUGGCCAAAGCACUAUUCUCUGCCCAAGAUCCGUGCAAAGAUGUUUCUUGCGGAUAUUAUUCAAUGUGCCUAUCUAAAAAAGAUCGGUCAACUGAAUGCAUUUGUCCACCCUGCUUGGAAAACGAUGUUUAUUCUCCUGUUUGUGGUGACAACGGAAAGACGUUUGCAAACACAUGCGAGUUAAAGAAAGAUGCCUGUAAAAAGAUGCAGUCCAUCAAAGUGGCCAAAAUGGAAUCUUGUGGUGUCUCUAGUCCACUUGAUGUGGUAUUUGCCUUAGAUAGCUCAAGUGAUGUAGACAUGAGUACCUUCAAAAAAAUGAAAGAAUUUGCAAAAGGUUCUUUACAAGCCUAUAAUGUUUCUGUAAACCAAACACGCGUCGCAGUCAUGGUGUAUGGUGCACAGCCUAUCAGUCAGGUGAGCCUUAAUGACGGAAUACACAAGUCCGUAGUACAGCAGAGAAUUGACACGACAAAGCGUAUUGGAGGCGACAGAAAUAUCAUAAGAGCUUUGGCAUAUGCUCAAGAUGAAAUGUUUACAGAAGAUACAACCCUAGAGCCUGGGAAAAUCUUGAUACUGUUCGUGGCUGGACCAAGUAAAGUGACCGCCCAAGCAACCGAAAUCAAGUCGAUUGCUGAGAAAACGAGGCAAAGGGAUAUUGAAUUACUUGUAGUUUCGCUUGUUGGAGACAAAAAUUUGGGUGGUCUUGAAACUAUUUCCAAGAAGGAUAACCUUAUAAGCAUUCCAAACCCAGACAGAUUGAAAGAAGUCUUCAUGCCUGCUUUUGAAGCCAGCGGUAAAGCUGCAGCUAAACCUGUUGUUCUUGACCUUGGCUUUGUAUUUGGUACAAAUGGGGCAAAAGCAGUCGAAAACUUUAAUACAGAAAAGGAUCUUGCCAAGAAAAUUGUAGAAAAGUAUGAUGUUUCGAAAUCAGCAACUUUGGUAGGUGCCAUUACGUAUGAUGAUGACGCAGUUCUUGACUGGAAAAUUGGUGACGCAACUGACAAGAGAGCGACACUGGAUAGAAUCAGUCAAUUGCAAAGAAAGGGGAAUGGCAAAAAUGUGCUGAAAGCUCUUCAAAUUGCACGCAGCAAGCUGUUUUCUUCUGAAAAUGGAUCAAGAAGAAAUGUUCCAAAGACGUUGGUUGUUUUUGUUGACAAAAUAGAAGACAGCAGACAGUUGGAUAUUGUGUCUAAGGAACUGGAAGAUAAUAAUAUUAAUGUAAUUGUUAUCACUGUCGGUAAAGAAGUGCUGAAAGCAGACGUUUCUGGGAUCGCUAAACAGCCGAGCAAUGUGAUCAAUGCAGAUGACUUUGAUGACAAAAAGGGCGAGCUAGCGUCUUUGGUUGCUGCAAAGUCAGUUCCAGAUUCAUGCAGCAAGCAAGUUUGCGAGUAUCACAGUAAAUGCAUUACCAAAAGUGACCGAACUGCAGAAUGUGUUUGUCAAAUAUGCGAUCCAGAUGAGAGGUACAGUCCAGUUUGCAGUGAAGAUGGAGAAACCUAUGCAAGUCAAUGUGAGCUGGAAAGAACAUCUUGUAAAAGAAGAGUGAAUAUCAGAGUAGCAAAGAAGGAAGCUUGCGGAAUAUCUGAGCGUGUGGAUCUCAUUUUCGCAAUGGAUGGUUCUGCCACUGUCAAAAUACCGGAUUUUAGAAAAAUGAAAGAUUUUGUAAGAGGAACCUUGUCUGCCUAUAAUAUCUCAGCCGAGAGAACUAGAGUAUCAUUGGUCACAUUUGGCGAUAAAGCAGUUACACAAUUAUAUCUAAAGGAUGGUAUUGAUAAAGCUGUUGUUGAAAAGUUCAUUGGAAAUUUAACGAAAAUUGGUGGACAGAGAAAUGUAAUAGAUGCAUUGAAAUACGUAUCAAGGAAUACGCUAGCUGGAAAAGUAGAUCAUGGUAGACUUCUUGUUUUGGUGACAACUGGGCCAGAGUCCAAGUCCAUUAAUACUGAUGAAAGAAAAAUGAUACUUGAUGAACUGAAGGAAAAUGAUAUAACAAUUCUUGUAAUUGGUAUAGGAGACGAAGCUAGUGGACGAGAGAUAAACGAAAUUGCUGGUGACGAUAAUACAGUUGUAGUUAGAGAUGUAGAUCAACUGCAAACUACUGUACCGAAGAUCGUUAGCAAAUCUGGUGAAGUUUCAGCAAAAGCAGAGCCGCAUGAUCUUGGCUUCAUUGUUGGUGCCAGCGGUGAGAAGGCUGACUCUGUGUUCAAUGACCAAAAGCAAAUCAGUAAGAAAAUGGUUGAGAAAUAUGACAUUUCAAAAUCGUCAACAUUGACUGCUGCUAUAAUAUACGAUGAUAAAGCAAAAAUGGUCUGGAAACUUGGAGAUGCCUUAGAUACGAAAUCAACACUGCAAAGGAUCCAACAACUUCAACGACAAGCAGAUGGUAGCAAUGUAUUACGAGCCCUUGAAAUUGCUCGCGAUGAAAUGUUUUCAGAAAACAAUGGUGGAAGACGGGCAUCGUCAAAGACUAUAGUCCUAUUUGUUGAUAAAUCAUUCAAGGUCAAUAAAGAUUAUGAUAUCGUAACUAGAGAUUUGAAGAGUCUUGGCGUCAAACUCGUGGUAGUUGCUAUUGGUCCAGAGGUUGACAGAGCUGCCACCUCUAAGGUAGCAAGUGGACCUGAUGAUGUAAUCUAUAUGGAUGAAUCGUCUACAUCAGCUGAUGGUGUUGUAUCGAAAGCUGUUGAGCAGACCCUUUCAGAUCCUUGUACGAGAAGAGUCUGUGAGUUUUACAGCAAAUGCUUGAGAAAACCUGAUAGAACUGCAGAAUGUGUCUGUCCGGUUUGCAGCAAGGCAGAAAGUAACAGCCCUGUCUGUGGUGAUGAUGGAAAAACCUAUGUUAGCCAGUGUGAAUUAGAAAGAAUUGCAUGUCUGGAGAAGAGAUCGCUGAAAACAGUCAAAAAAGAAGCUUGCGGUAUAUCGGAUAAACUUGAUUCAAUAUUUGUCUUGGACAGUUCUAGCAAUGUUAACAGAACAAUCUUUGCAAGAAUGAAGAGAUUUGUUAGUGAUGCCCUUAAAGCAUAUGAAAUUUCACCAAAUCGCACACGAGUUGGUUUGAUAACAUUCGGAGAGACUCCCGUAAGUAACCUUGAGUUGGUUGAUGGUGUUAAUCCAACAGUGGUGAAUCAGGUAUUACACGAUGCACAGCUAGUAGGUGGUGAGCAGAAUUUACCAGAGGCUAUCAGAUUAGCUCAUUCAAAGAUUGCACCUGACACAAAAGAUGAUUCUCGAGGUAGGAUGUGCAUACUUCUACUUGGCAGCCAUUUGCCUUCAAAUGCACUUGCCACAGAGACCAAAAUGGCGCUUGAACGGAUGAAAAACAAAGGCAUCACAGUUCUAGUAAUCGCACUGGGUGAUGACGUAACUCCAAAUGAGCUGAAGAGUAUUGCAAAGGAAGAUGAAGUGAUAAAGGUUGCUGAUGAAGAGGAUGCGAAAAAUGCAUUGGCAAAGUUAAUAGAUCAAAGCGAAAAAAUAUCUGCAAAACCAUUGAGACUGGACCUUGGCUUAGUGUUUGGCUCUAGUGAUCCUUCAGGAGCAACCUUCGAAGCGGAGAAGAAUUUGGCAGUCAGGAUUAUUGAGAAAUACCAAAUUUCCAAGGAUGCCACGCUAGUUGGAGCAAUUCUGUACGGAAAAGAUGCAAGUGUUGCUUGGUACAUAGGAGAUGCACUUGAUGAUAUAAAUACAAAGUAUCGAAUCAAGAGAUUGAGUUCGGUUAGUCCAGGAAAUAAUGUUCUGCAUGCGCUCGAACUAGCACGUGAUCAACUUUUCUCAGGAAACAAAGGAGGAAGAAGUGGUUUCCCCAAGACGCUUAUAGUUUUUCUCGACGGAGAGGAGAAAGUGGAGAGCAAGCUUUUGAAGAUCUCUGAUGAACUAAAAAUGAUGGGAGUUAAAGUGAUUGUCAUUGAAAUGAGACCUGUUGCAGACAGGCAGCCACCUUUGGGAAUUGCAAGUGAUGCCAAGAGUAUAGUUUCGGUCAAAAAUGUAUCAAAAGGACUGGAUGACGUAGCGUCAAAAGUUUCUAAACUCUCGACACCAGAUCCAUGUGCAAAGAAACAAUGCGAAUUCUUUGGAAUAUGUGUCAGCAAGAAUGAUGGAACGGCAGAAUGUGUGUGUCCCUUGUGUGACAAAGAUAAUUUUAAACCAAUCUGUGGUGAUGAUGGAAUGACUCAUGCGAAUAUGUGCUAUCUUAAAAGGAAGGCCUGUAUGAGCAUGAAAAUGAUAAAAGCAACGAGAAAUGAAGCUUGCGGUGUUGCUGGAAACCUUGAUAUUGUGUAUGCAAUCGAUGGAUCGCAGACAGUUAGCUCGGAGACUUUUAUGGCUAUGAAGAAUUUUGUCAAUGCGGCACUGAGUGCUAAUGAGAUAUCUCCUGAGAAAACACAUGUUGGCCUUCUUGUUUACGGAGGGUCUGCGCCAAAGUUAGAUUUGUUACUCAAUAAAGGAACAUCAGCUGAUAUCGUAAAGCAAACUCUGUCAGAAAUGGCGAGAAGAGGUGGAAAAAGAGAAAUGGAUAAGGCAUUGCUAGCAGUAAAAGAUGAGUUCUUGAGCAGUAGUAAACGUAAAGAUGUUGGAAAGUUGGCUGUUUUGUUGACAAAUGGCAAUGACGAGAGUGACAGCAAACAGGAUGUUGAAAAGGCAAAUGCAAUGCUUAAGAAAGAGAAUGUUAAGCUUGUCGUUAUAAACAUUGGAAAACCAGUCGAGAAGAAAGACUUACCAGGCAUUGAUGAGCUGAAAAACGUUGAGACUGCAAACGACUUGCCUAAUACAGUUGGUUAUAUUGAGCAAGCAAUGGCACGCUCAAUAGCCAAGCCGAUGGUGCUUGAUCUUGCUAUUUUGUUUGGUUCUUCUGGGAAGAAUUCGUCAAUGAUAUUUAAAGCACAGCAAAACUUUGUUACUAACCUGGUGGAUACACUUGACGUUUCUCCAGAUUCUACUCUUAUUGGAGCUGGAUCCUACGGACCUAGUCCAAAGGUCGAAUGGAAUAUUGGUAGCCACAACGACAAACGUUCCACUGUCAAUGCUGUACGAUUGCUCAAAAAUGCUGGUUUUAAUGGCGAUAUCACAAAUGCUUUGAGAAUGGUUAAUGAUUCAAUUUUGAGCUUAAGCAACGGUGCACGUGCAGACGCUCCAAAAUCUAUCUUGAUAUUUGUGGAUAAGAACCCAAUAUCGCACAAGAAUGAGCUGGCUGAUUUGGUGCAAUCGUUUAGAGAGCGCCAGAUCAAACUCAUUGUUGUUGGCAUUGCCAGAGAUGAAGACAGAGAUGAUUUAGAGUCUGUUUCUUACGAUAAGCAAGCCGUUUUCUUUCCACCGAAUCUAGAAGAGUUAGAGAAGCUUGUGCAACCAGUUACCUUGGCUAUCCGACCAGAUCCAUGCUGGAAGAAGGAGUGCAAGUUUGGUAGUGUCUGCUCUGCAACGACAGAUGGACACGCAAAAUGCGUCUGCGAAACAUGUAGUGAGAAAUAUUCCCCAGUAUGUGGAUCAAAUGGAAUGUCUUAUGCAAGUGGAUGUUAUUUGAAAGCAGAUGCAUGCAAACGGAGAACAGACAUCUUUGUUACAAAAUAUCAAUCUUGCGGUUUGGAUGAUGCAAUGGAUGUAGUGUAUUUGGUUGAUGGUUCCAGUCACGUGGAUUCUCCAACGUUCGAAAGGAUAAAGAAACUGGUCAAAUCAUCUUUUGGUUAUUACAACAUAUCAAAACAGAAUUCGCGCAUAGGUCUGGCCCAGUUUGGUGAUGAUACGCAAGUCAUUCUUCACCCAAGCGAAGGAACAAGCAAGGCCAUCGUCGAAAGUUUCAUAAAGUUUUUCAAAAGGCCAGGUGGUUCUAGAAGAAUUGACAAGGCGCUGCGUGCUGUCCGAAAAGAAAUUUUCGAGAAAAGUGAUAGGAGUCAAAAGAAAGUGCUUAUUCUUGUGACUACAGGCAUGAAUGCAGAGGAAGGAGCUGAUAUGUUGUCUUCUGAAGCUGAUUUAUUGAAAAAGCAAGGCGUAGAUACUGUUGUGUUGUCAGUAGGGCAGCUAAGAAACGAAGAAGAAUUGAACGCAAUCGCGAAAAAAACGGAAAAUGUUGUCAAAGUUGACAAACCAGAAAGACUGCCGGAAUCUUAUGGAAUUCUUGAGAGGAAGAUCAAUAAUGCAGGGACUUUGCCUGUGCAAGUGGAUAUUGCAUUUAUUAUGGGUAGCUCUGGAAAUGAAGCAAAUGAAAUUGUACGAAAGCAAAAAACAAUUGUGAAGCACAUGCUGAAAUCAUACGAAGUGGCUCCAGGGAAAACUCAUGUUGGGGUAAUCAGUAAGGCAAAACCGGCUGCUAUAAAGCUGAAAAUUGGCCAAAUUCAGAAUCAAGCCAAGUUGUACAGGUCCAUCGAAGAUAUGCAGUUAUCUGGCCCAACUGAAGAGCUCUUGAAGGCUCUGCAGAUUGCAAGUGAUAGUAUAUUUGCCGCUUCUAAUGGAGGAAGACCAGGAUACAAAAACAGUCUUGUUGUUUUUGUCGAAAAGGAUAUCGAUCCAGACAAUGGUGCUUUCAAGGCAGUACAAGAAAAGCUCAAAGCUCUCGGAGUUAACAUCAUUGUAAUUGAUGUGACAUCAAAGGUUGAUCCAAAGAAGCUCAAUCAGCUUGUACCAAUGCACAAUGUGUUCUUCUUCCCACCACUACUUGAUGAACUAGAUAUGUCAAUGUAUCCGCUUGUGAAAACAAUGCAGCCAGACUCAUGCGAGAAAGUUAAGUGUUCAGAGAAGGAAGUAUGCCAAGCAAGAAGUGCAGAAAACGCAGUUUGCACGUGUCUACCAUGUAGGCCAAAAUACGACUUGGUUUGUGGCACAGAUGGAAGAACAUAUGCGAGUGCCUGUCACCUGAAGCGAUAUACAUGCUUGGAGAAGACUCCAAUAAAAUUGGAAUCCACAAAGCCCUGUGACGUAUCUGGAGCAAGCGAUAUCGUAUUUGCAAUUGAUACUUCACUGCCGCAAGAAGUUCUUAGCGACAUAAAGAACUUCGUGAACGAAGCUGUCAAACUUCUCAGUGAUGACACAUCGACAGCGAGAAUAGGCUUGGUCCAAUACAAUGAGAAACCAUCUGUUAAAAUCCAGUUCUCAGAAUCAAGCAAAUCUCUCUUGGAUCUUGCUCUAAGCUCCUUGAAGUCAACAAGAAAAUUGUCAAAGCCUGUCGUAGCGAUUGAUUUUAUCCGUGAAACAUACUUUGAUCCAUCAAAGAUUAGAAAUGGAGCAAAGAGAUCGGCAGUGAUAAUUAUGAACGGAGAGACCAAUGGAAAAGAUUUGGCGAAUAUUGAACAAUCGUUGAAGCUGUUGAAUGAUUCAGACAUAAGCUACAUUCUGGUCAUGAUAGGCAGUACCAAAAGCACUGGAGCUUUGGUUGAGGAAAAAGGAAAGGCAUUCGGCAAAGUGGUUCUAUUUGAUAGUCGCAAUCAGCUACCCGAAGCUAUUCCAGAUGUCAGUGAAUUGUCAAGGGAAAAACUAGCAGCAGAAAAGCCAGUGAUGGAUCUCGCAAUAUUGACUGGUACAUCACCUGCAGUUGACGCAGACUCCAAGUUUGAGGCUCAAAAAACGCUUAUAGAAGAGGUUCUUAGACAGUAUGAUUUAUCAAGAGACAAAACUUUGGUCUCGUUCAUUUCACGUGACACACAACCAGUUCUAUUGUCAAAACUAGGGGAUAUCACUGAUCAGAACACAGCAAUUAACUUUGUAAAUACGAUGAAAAAUCCAAAGAAAUCGGGAGACCUAGAUGAUUACUUAUCUUUCAUUAAAGAAACAGUCUUCUCUCCGAAGCAAGGAGCAAGGGAAAAUGUUCCCAAGUCAAUCUUGAUUUUUGAGGAUAGCAAGAGAAUUGGAGACAAAGCAGAUGAAGUAUCACAAAGUCUUAAAGAUAAAAAAAUGAAAUUAGUUAUCGUUGGAUUGGGAAAUGAUAUUGAUAAAAGCGGUCUUGAAAAGCUUGCUGACAAGGAGACCAUUUUCUUUCCACCUGCUUUGGAAUCAAUCGAAGCAGUAGGAAAGCCAGUGGCAAGUGCAUUAAGACCAGAUUUGUGUUGGAACACAACUUGUCACUACAAUGCUCGUUGCAUGGUAAAGGAAAACAAAGCCAAAUGCAUAUGUCCUGUUUGCAAUAAGAAUGAUGUAUCAAAGCCUGUAUGCGGAUCUGAUGGAAUUACGUAUGCCAGUCACUGUCUAUUGAAAGCUGCAGCUUGCAGGAUACUGAGAGAAAUAACUGUUGCGAAAGAAGAAGCUUGUGGAAUAACUGGUAAAAUUGAUGUCGUCUAUGCGGUUGAUGGAUCGCGGAGAGUUGAUGCAAGCAUGUACGAGCAGAUGAAGAACUUUGUAAAGUCAUCCUUGAGAAGUUUCAAUAUCUCAGAAUCAGGUACACAUGUUGCAGUGGUUCCGUAUGGUAGCAGAGCUGAGAUUAAAGCCAACUUAAAAGAUGGUACUAAUCUUGCAAGGUUGGAUGAUAUCGUUGGUCAGCUGUCAAGAAUAGGCGGACCAAGAAGAAUGAAUAAAGCAUUGAGACUUGUCAACUCUGAUGUAUAUGGGAAGACGGACCAGAGCAGAGUUGAUGCGAAAAAAGUGUUAGUGCUUUUAACAACAGGAAAGAAUAGUGGUGAUGGAUCAGGUGAAUUACCAAGAGUAGCUCGUGAACUGAGGGACCAAGGUGUCGAAAUUGUUGUUGUGGUUAUUGGAAAAGAAACUGAUCCUGCUGAAAUAUUGGCGAUUGCUGGAAAAGGUGGGAACGCUGUUCAAGUGAGCGGUGCUGGUAACCUUGACGCAGCAGUUGGAGCGCUAGAAGGCACGAUUAAAGAUACUGGAGCCAAGAAACCUGAACUUGACCUUGGUUUUAUUGUCGGGGCAAGUGGCCAGGAAGGACAAGCAUUGUUGAGAAAACAGCAGCAGAUAAUCAGAAAAAUGCUUACUUCAUACGAUGUUGCUCCUGGUAAAACUCAAGUCGGAUUGAUACAGAAAGGAACAACACCAAGGUUGAUUGUCAAAAUUGGUGAUGCGGCAGACUCAAACAGGCUACUAUCUGUAAUUGACAGUCUAGAAACAAAUGAUGAUGGACGGCUCCUAGAUGCAUUGAAAUUGGCUAAUGAUGAAUUGUUCAACGCUCGGAAUGGUGCUAGGCCAGGAUACAAGAGAAGCUUGGUGGUGUUUGUAAACGAAAAGAUUGACGCAGACACAAAAGCAUUGGAAGAUAUCGGGAGAAAGUUAAAAGACAAUGGUAUUAAUGUUAUUGUCGUUGGAUUGAAUGAAGAAGCUGAUAAAGAGAAGAUGAUGGCAGUAGCACCUUUAAAUGAUGUGUUCUUUUUCCCGCCAUUGCUGGAUGAGCUUGAUAUGGUCUUGUAUCCCAUCGUGAGGACGACAUAUCCAGAUCCGUGCCAAAACACCAAAUGCAAAGACCACAAGAUCUGCUUGCGGACCUCUAUCAAUAGUUUUGAAUGUAUUUGCCCUCGAUGCCGCCCAGAGUACAAUUUUGUCUGUGCUGAUGACGGUCGAACAUACGCCAGUGAAUGUCAUAUGCAAAGAUAUGCGUGCCAGGAGACUGUGACGCUUUCAAAGUCAUCUAAUGGAGCAUGCACUAUCGCUGGCAUUCAAGACAUGGUGUUUGCUGUAGAUAGCUCUUCUCCAGAUAGCGUACUAAGACAAAUGAAGCUGUUUGUAAAAGAAUCAUCAAGGCCAUUCGAUUUUUCGAGUGGAGCAUCUCGCAUUGCCCUUAUUGAAUACAAUUCAGAGGUCAAGCAACGCCUAGGCCUUUCGUCUAUCACACAGUCAAAGUUUUCAUCAGAACUGGACAAUAUUCGAGCACAAGCAAGUAGCAGUGACUUGAAGAAGGUGAUCCAGCAUAUUCAGGAUAACGUGUUUCCACGUUCGUCACCAAGUCGCCCUGGAGCAAUUAGGAUAGUUGUUUUGCUCAUGAACGGUGAUUUGCCAGCAAGUGACAUCAAGCCACUUGAGGAACGGCUCAAAGCAAUGAAGGCAGCUGGUAUUCGUUACGUUAUUGUUAAUGUAGGUAGCACAACAAGUAAUGGCAGAUUAUUAAAAGAUCUUGGCAACAGAUUUGGUGAAGUUAUGUUAAUAAAAGAAGCCGAAAAUGUUCCAGAAGCCACACCAGUGGUACUGAAAUCAGCAGCUGCCGUUAAAGUCGAUGGCGGAUAUGGACCAUGGAGUGCCUUUACUACUUGCUCGAAGAGUUGCGGUUUAGGAGUAAAAAGGCGAACAAGACUUUGCAACAACCCAACACCUGCAUUUGAUGGAAAAGAUUGCAGCCAAUUUGGUGCUCCAGAAGAGAUCGCAGCUUGCAGAAUCAAGCAAUGUCCAAUAGACGGUGGCUACGGUGAGUGGAGUAACUACAGCCCCUGCAGCAAAUCAUGCGGAGGAGGUGUGAAGAAAAGGGUUCGUGCAUGUGAUCAACCUGUGCCUGCGUUUGAUGGAAAAGACUGUUCUGAACUUGGCCCAGCCAGCGAAACUAUUUCCUGCAAUGAACAAAAAUGUCCAGUUGAUGGUGGAUACGGGGCAUGGGGUAACUAUUCUCCUUGCUCAAAGACCUGCGGAGAAGGUAAAAAGGUAAGAAGGCGACAGUGUGAUACCCCGAAACCAGAAUUUGGUGGGCAGAACUGCACUAAGCUUGGACCAGCGGACGAAACUGUUACCUGUAAUCUGAGACCUUGCCCAGUUGAUGGUGGUUAUGGUGCGUGGAGCAGCUAUACUCCCUGUAGCAAAUCAUGCGGAGGAGGUGUGAAGACAAGGGCUCGUGCAUGUGAUAAACCUGAGCCAGCGUUUGGUGGAAAGAACUGCUCUGAACUUGGCUCAGCCAGCGAGAUUAUUCCUUGCAACGAUCAGAAAUGUCCAGAAAAAGUUGAUAUUGCUAUACUGCUUGGCUCAUCAGAACCAGAUUUAGAGUCAAAGUUCAAUGCCCAGAAAUCCUUCACAAGGUCAUUGAUUAAGAAAUUAAUCAUUUCAAGACAAGGAGUUCUGCCAGCGUUUGUCUCUUACGGCCCUGAACCAGUCAUCAGAUCGAAAAUUGGAGAGCUAGCAGAACAGCAAGCUGUUCUAAGAUUUAUUGACAGGAUUCCAAAUGCAAAACAAAGCAGCAAUAUUUCUAGUGCUCUUGGGGUCAUUGAUCGCAUCGUGUUCUCAAACCAGCAAGGCGCGAGACCGAAUGUUCCAAAGUCCAUUUUGGUAUUUGUCGACAAAAAGAAUAUUGGCAACGAAAGAGUGCUCACAGGGCUGGCUAAAAAGUUUAAGGAUAAAGGAACAAAGUUGGUGGUCGUAGGACUAGGUGACGACGUGGAUAAAGAUGCAUUGAGACCUUUGGUCCACAACAAUGGAGCCAUUUUCUUCCCUCCAACAUUAGCAGAGCUUGACAGAGUCAUCCAGCCUGCUGUAGCUGCAUUGAAUCCUGAAAUUUGCUGGAAUACCAAGUGUGAGUUCCAUUCACAAUGCAAAGAGAAGAACGGGAAACCUACUUGUUUGUGUCCUGUUUGUAAUGAGACUGAAUAUGCACCAAUAUGUGGAACUGACGGUAUGACAUAUGCAAAUGACUGCUACUUGAAGCAAGCAUCUUGCAGAAUAAAAAGACCCAUCAAUAUUGCCAAACAUGACGCUUGUGGAAUCGAUGAAAAGAUGGAUGUAGUUUUCGCAGUUGACAGCUCAAGAAGAGUGGAUGAGAGGAUGUUUGUUAAAAUGAAGAAGAUGGUGAAAGCUUCCCUUAGAAGCUACAAGAUCGCGCCAACUGAAACCCGAGUAGCAAUAGUAACUUUUGGUUCCAAGCCAGAAAUUAAGGUCAAUUUGAUUAAUGGAGUUGAUCGUGGUGCUGUUGAAAAAUCAGUAGACCAGAUUGUAGCUAUUGGAGGCCCUAGAAGAAUGAAUAAAGCAAUGCGCACUAUUAGAACAGACAUUUUUGAGAAAGAAGAAAAUAAACGAGGAAAAUCAAAGAAAAUGCUGAUUUUGUUGACAACUGGGAAGAAUAGCGGCGAUGGCUCUGGUGAGCUGCCAAGCGUAGCACGUGAAUUACGAGCUGGUGGAGUAGAGGUGAUAGCGUUGGUCAUAGGAAAAGAGAAAGAUGCUCGAGAAAUCGAGAUAAUCACUGGCAAGAAAGAUAAUGCAGUAUAUGUUGAUGAUAUCAGCAUGCUGCCUAAAGCCAUUGGUGCUGUGGAGGCGAAGACGAGGGAGGCUGGUGCUGUAAAACCAAGCCUUGAUCUAGCCUUCAUCCUUGGAGCAAGUGGAGUAAACAGUAUUGGAAGUUUUAGAAAACAAAAAGAUAUUGCGAAACAUCUUCUUUCCUCAUACGAUACUUCGCCUGGUAAUACACAAGUGAGCGUUGUUAUCAACACACUUCCGACUACAGCAGAUAUCAAAUUUGGACAGUUCCAUGGAGCAAAUCUCUUAGCAGCAAUAGAAAAGCUGCCUAACACUAAAACUGAAAGUUUGUCAGACGCAUUGCAUUUCGCAAAUGAUGAUUUAUUCACACCGAGAAAUGGAGCAAGACCUGGGUUCAAAAAGAGCCUUGUUGUUUUUGUUAAUGACGAUAUUAAAGAUGAUGGCGACGGAUUGUUGACAAUUACGAAAAAUAUCAAGGCCAACGGAAUCAAUUUGAUUAUUAUCAACAUGGAUCCAGAAGCCAAUAAAGACAAGAUGCAAGCUAUUUCUGGGUUGAAUAACGUCUUCUUUUUCCCACCAUUGCUAGAGGAGCUAGAUUUAGCUUUGUAUCCAAUCAUUCGGGCAAUAUACCCAGACCCAUGCCAGUCAGUUAAAUGUAAGGGAUACAAGGUUUGCGCUAGAAGAUCUUUCCAAACUCACGAAUGUGUCUGCCCAUCAUGCAGUACAAGGUAUAGCUUAGUUUGCGGUAGUGAUGAGACAACCUAUGCAAGUGAGUGCCAUAUGCGAAAGCAUGCUUGCAGGACACAAAAAGUCAUCAAUGUAAAGAAAGAUGGACCUUGUGAUACCACUGGUCUUUUGGAUGUUAUAUACAGCGUAGAUGCAACGUCUUCAAAUGAUGAUCUACACGAAAUGAAAAAGCUUGUUGAUAAUGCAGUUAAACCUCUUAAUGUUGAUAACGGAGAAGCAAGAGUAGGUCUUGUCAGCUUUGCAAAUGUUCCAACCAUGCUUGAUGAUUUCACCAAAAACGAUAAAUCUAGGCUAUCUCUAGCGUUGGAUUUUAUAGAGCAGGCCCCAACUACAAGUAGUACUACUGGAGCUCUAGCGUUUGUGAAAGAAAAGUUCUUUAACCCCACUAUCGCAAGAGCGCAAGCAAAGAAGCUGAUUAUUAUGUUUGUCAAUGGAAAUAAACAAGUUCCUGAUACAUCAAGACUGGAACCAAUGCUGAAGUCAUUUAAUUCAUCAAACAUCGGAUAUAUUCUCAUAAGCAAUGACAGAGCAGGCAUUUACACUGUUGCACUGAGACGAGUAGCUGAAAAGUAUGGAACAGUGAUUCGAACUGUGUCAAACAGAGAACUACCUGACGCCCUGCCUGCGAUAAUCGAAGCUGGCGAAAAAGAAAAGGAUCCUUGCGAAGGUGUGUCCUGUGAUUUCUUUGCAUCAUGUGUCAAUGGAAAAUGUCUAUGUCCAACUUGUGCCGAACACCAGAGAUAUGAUCCUGUAUGUGACACUGAUGGACUGUCCCAUGCUAAUGAAUGUUACCUGAAAAAGGCAUCGUGUGAGCAAAAGAAAGUAUUCACAAUAUCUCAGAGAAGGGUUUGCGGUGUCUUGGAUAAAAUGGAUCUUGUCUUCGCAAUUGACACAUCUUCCAGGUUUAAUCGAACGGAGGUAACAAAAAUUAAAGAGCUUGUUGCAGCAUCGAUUAAAAGCUACCAAAUUACACAGCAGCUUGCUCACAUUGGUUUGGUGAGCUUUGGCAGUAUUGCUACUUUGGCACUGCCCUUACGAAAUGGUGUUCAACGUCGUAGUGUGAGGACAGCCCUGGCAUCGCUCUCUGAAAUCAGAGGACAAACGUCUCUCAGUGUUUUGGCGCAAAUGUUAGAGAGAACAGCUUUCAGUUCAGCAUACGGUGCGCGGGCGUCAGCGCCAAAAGUUGUUGUCAUUAUAACGGAUGGAAAAUCAGGCGUCUCUGAUGAAGCACAGUUCCCCGUUUAUGCAGCUUUGCUCAACAGAGCUGGUAUUAAGAUAGUUAUCGUUGAUAUUGGUGGGAAUGCCAAGACAAGUCCACUGAGUAGAAUCCCUGAAAAUCCAACUAACUAUAUACCAGUUUCUAAUGUCAAUCAGCUACCGGAAAUAUAUGGACUUUUAGAGAGACGAGUAGCUGUUAUUACAGCAAAACCAGAACCACUUGAUCUCGGUUUCGUGGUUGGAGCCACUGGUCCAGAGGCAUCAAGUAUUUUCCAAGCUCAGAUUGGUUUCCUAAAAUCACUUCUGUCAUCAUAUUCUGUGUCAAAGUUACAGACGCAAGUUGGCGUUAUAACGUACGGUAGAAAAGCCGAAUUGACAUUCUCUCUCAACAAAUAUGACAGCAAAUCAGACCUAAGAACCGCACUGGAGAAACUUAGAAACCCUGGAGACGGCACCAAUAUUGGGGAGGCAUUGCAACUAGCCAGGACAGUGCUCUUUUCUGAAGAGAAUGGCGCCCGUCGUGGGGUUCAAAAAACACUUGUGAUAUUUCUAAAUGCAAAGAUCGAUGAGAAUAAUCAAGAUUUUAGGACAGAGCUACAAGCCUUGAAGAGUGCAGGAAUUCGUGUGGUGGUCAUUGGAAUCGGUUCAAAUGUUGAUAAAAAACAGGCCAGAGAGAUAGCAUCAGCAAAUGCUGUGUUCUUUCCUCCUAUGUUAGAAGAAAUGGAUCUAUACCUAUAUUCUGUUUACAUAGCAACUCUUAAAGAUAUUUGCGCUGGCAGAAAAUGUCAUCGUCACAAAGUGUGUGUUGAGUUGCCGGACAGACGUGCUGGUUGCUACUGUCCGAGCUGCCAAGAUGUUUAUAAACCUGUUUGUGCAAGUGAUGGAAAGACGUACGCCAGUGAAUGCUGGAUGACUUACAAGGCCUGUUCAUACGAUCUAGAACUGACAAAAUCGUCUUCAAAGCCUUGUGCUGUUGCCUCAUAUGCUGAUGUCGUGUUUGCUGUUGAUGGUUUAAUCAAACGCCACGAACUGAUUAAAAUAUCGGAGUUGAUUCUGGGGGCUCUGCAACAAUAUAAUCUUUCACCUACAAAUACCAGAGUGGCAUUGGUACAAUAUGGAAGCAGAAUAGAUGUAUUGCAUUCACUCGGAAACCCAGAUUUGACUGCUAUUCGAAACAAAGUCUAUAGUUUUUCCAAUCAAAAGGGACAACGUAAUAUACCAAACGCUCUGAGCCAAAUAGAUUCAAAUAUCUUCCAACAAGCUGUGCGUUCAGGAUCUAAAAAGGUCGUUUUCAUGUUUAUCGCUGGGCCUAGUAGUGAAGUGAAUAAACAAGAGGUGGACGCUGUAGCAAAGAGACUCAUGGCAAAGAACAUUCAAGUUAUUUUUGCUUACAUUGGUGACCACGACAGCAGCAUGUUGCAGCCUUUGGUCAGACAAAAGGAAGAUAUUAUGCACGUGUAUCCAUCCUUUGAGAUUCCUUUCGUCAUUGAUCCUGUCCUUAGAAUGAGUGGUGUAAGACAGGACGAGAAAAAGCCAUGUGAGCCAUCGUUGCACUACAGCUUUGCAAACAUAUCAAGGAAUAUAUUUGUCAGCGAUGACUCAGGCCAUGAAAACAGUGGAUCGAUACAAGAUGAAGCCUCCUUCCUAGCCAACAUUGGGUAUUGCAUGUCAAGUGCGCAGCUGAAGAAUGGCAUAAUAAACAUCAAUGGCGCUAACUUUAGGCCAAAACCAAGCACUGCAGUGACAAUCGCCGCGUGGGUCAAAUUGGAUAGAAUAGGCCCAACUCAUGAGCUCUUUGUCACUAUAGACCCUGGAUGGACAUCACAAAGGCUAAAGACGAUUUAUAAUUUCGAGAUAAACGGCGAUGGCUCUGUUCAAUUUACACACAGGGGUGUUUUUGGCAAAAGAAGUGCACCCGCUGUAAGAGCAAACGUCUGGACCCACGUGGCUGGAACGUUUGACUCUGCUACUCAUGAAGUUAACAUUUAUGUAAACGGCACGAGAUUAACACGAUUCAUGAGGUUCGAUCCAACACAAGACAAUCUUCUAAGCAACGAUUGGAGUGAGCUUGCCGUGAUUGGGCGACUUGACUAUGGCACCGCAAGCUCUACAAGAAAGCUAGAGGGACUCAUUGAUGAGUUCUACAUCUACCCAUGUGCCUUGUCAGCGAAGCAAAUUGUGGAGCUCAAAGAUAGAAAAUGCGACGAAAGACCAAGAGACGCCUGUGCUAAGAAGGUUUGUAGUUACUAUGCCACGUGCAAAGUAGAACCAGAUGGAAUUUCAACGAAAUGUGUAUGUCCUGAGAAAUGUGGAACUGUUAACGAUCCAGUCUGUGGAGACAAUGGUGAAACUUAUAAAAGCGAAUGUGAAUUAAAAAUGGCCUCCUGCAGAACGAAGCAGCCUAUUGCUAUUGCCUCGAAGGGAGAAUGUGAAUACAACGCUCACUUUGGUGGAUCAUCUCAUCUGCUGUUUAGCAUAACUGGUGUGAACGUUAAAUCAAAAUUUGAUAUUAGCUUGAAACCUGAAUAUGGAAAUGGCAUUCUCUUUUACAUCGGUGCACGAAACGAUGGAAGAGGCGAUUUUGCUUCUUUGGCUCUUGUGGAUGGAUUUGUGGAAUUCAGAUACGACCUUGGACAAGGACCAGCUCGUAUCCGUUCUAAAGAAAAGUUGUCACUGCAUAAAUGGCAUAACAUUGUUGCUUCAAGAAUCGGUUUUAGAGGAGAACUCAAGAUUGACAGCCUUGCAUCAAUCAAAGGACAGCCUACACGUGCAGGAUUGACUCAGUUGAAUGUCAACAGAAACUUGUAUUUUGGUUCGGUGCCAAGCAUUUCAAAAGGGCAAAAAGAAAACGCUGGAACUGACAUUGGCUAUCGGGGAUGCAUCCGGAAAUUGAGCUUAAAUGGAAAGGACCUGAGUCUGAAGUACCCUGGACCAGAUGUGAAGGAGCAAAACAAUGUUUCACCAAAUUGUGGGAAAAGUCCAUGUUCCUCUGUUCCAUGUCUCAACGGUGCUGCGUGCAUUGUCACUAGUGCCAAUACAUACAGAUGUCAAUGCCAGCUUGGGUUCAAAGGGACUAAAUGUGACGACAGAGUAUACACACUACCGCCACCUCCUGCGUAUUUCAAUGGGAAGACUUCGUACGUCAGCUACCAACAAUUGAAAGAUAAUAAGCGUUCAAUGAAAUUCGCAAUGGAGUUCAGAGCAGAGAAAGAAAGCGGCAUGUUAAUAUACAGCCAAGGACCAAAGGGUGUAAGAGACUUCUUCAUGGCUGCACUGGAAAAUAGGCACAUUGUCGUAAGCUACGAUUUGGGUGAUGGGAAUAUAACGACGAAAAGCGAACUUCGUAUCAGAAUGAACAGCUGGGUAUUUCUUAAUGUGACAAGAGACAACAAAAUUGUUCAAGUCUUGAUAAACGGUCGAAGAGUAUCCAGGGCAGUUUCGCCUGGCCAAAAGACUAUCUCAAAUUUGCAUACGGUCAUGCUUAUUGGUAAAGCAGAAAACCUUAUUAAAGGAAAGAGGCAUCCUGUCCAAGUUCACAGCCCAUUUAAAGGAUGCGUCAAGCUUGUAGUUGUUGAUGACGAGCGACUCAGUUUGCGCAAAAACGAUAAAUAUUCCAUCAAAAUCAACGAUAUUACACGAUGUGCAGGUUGUUAUCAGCGAUCAAACAUCCUCUUCCUGUUGGAUAAUUCAAAGAAUAUUGGAUACGAUGGUUUUGAAAAAUCAAAGAACUUUAUCACUGCCAUUGCUGGAUACUUCAGUCCUGAGUCAACAAGUAUUGGUUUGAUGGAAUUUUCUGGGCAAGCCAAAGCAACGAUACCUUUUCAAGCCAAUCGCAAAAUCGAAGAGCUCAAGUCACUUGUGAGCAACAUUAAAUUUGAAAACGGGCAAGGACAUUCGAUUCUAAAUGCUUAUGACAACGUGGUGACAUAUUUCCCUGAAAAGCCUCUUCAAGGUGGGAAGAUUGUCGUUCUCGUUACAGCUGCGGAGGAGACAGACCCAACUAAGCACUUGUCUGCUGUUUUAAAACGGUUGGCUUAUGAGCGUAUUGGCGUGAAGUUCUUUGUUGUUGCUGCUGAUGAUAAAGUCACGAGUAAGAGGCUUACAGACUAUUCCAGUGGUGGAACAUACAUGUAUCAAUCAGAGAAUUUUGAUGAUAUUAUUGGAUCCGUAACUAAAAUCCGGAACACAAUAUGCCGCCUUGCACGAUUCAGUUAAGAAAAAAUAAUCAAUACUUUUAUAGAAGGUAUAUGGUUACUAUAAACAGUGACAUAUUUGCAAGACUAGAUAAAAUUUGAAAUUUUUUUGUAAUGCUACGUUUAGUUUGCGCUUAGGUAAAAAUAAAACUUUUCAACGAAUAUGAAUGCUCUUGGUAAUCCAAAGCAAGAAUUUAACGAGGUAGGCCCUUUAUUAUUGUCGUUCGAGAAAUUCAGCCCUGAAUAGGAUUCGGAAGAAUAUAACGAAGCACGAAGAGUCAUUUAGUCUUAGUCUUACCCUUGGUUAGACAAAAGACUCACAGUAGCAGAGUUCCCUGCAGAAAAAGCUGGGUUCCCUACAUUCGAAAAAUCGUCCGAUUGUCCGAUUGAAAUUGUCCGAUUUUCGGUAAAUUCCUCUCAAGUUUGCUAAUUUCAAAAUAAUGUUCAAUAUCAUCUCUUUCUUUGCAAGUAAAAUAUUUCUUCAAUUGGCUGUAGUCAUUUUUCAUACGGUAACUCAACUGUGACUUUUUAACAAGUAUAAACCUUGAAAAUUUUACUGGCUAAAAUACGUUUCUAUUAAUACUUUCAGGAGAACCUUGUAUGUUGAGCCAUAAAAUAAAUGAAUUGAAUAUAACCAUUUAAUUAUACUAUUUGGUCUACCAAAUAUCAUAUGAAGGCUAAAAUCUCGUUAGAUUCUGCCCUUGUAUUACUGUCAAGAGUAUUACUGUUUUUAGGGUGAACUUGAAUUCACUUGUGUUUGUAAUCCAUUGUAUAAAGGCUAAUUAAUAUUACCGUUUAACUAUCUUUGGUAAAUCCCUAAACUUCUCAUAAUACUUAUUGUAAUUAGGGUAUUUUAUCUUUUACGGUAUUUUAACAUUAUUCUUAUCUGGUUAGAAUCACUAUUGAUAAAAGUUUUUAGAUAUUUUUGCAGAAGUAUUUAGCUUUCUUAUGAAUAUUUUUUAAGUCUUGAAACAAAUUUGUAACUUGAAUACUGUCUCUCGUAAAUUUUCACUUCUUCAAUAAUUAUUGUUCAUUAAUUUAAAUUGUCGAUAAUAAAACUUAAUGGUUAUUUUUCAAAUCUUU